AUGCAGCCCCUCCGCGGGCUGCUCGUAUUAUUUGCCGCGGCGCGCGCGGAGCUGCGCGUGCCGUCGGCGCCGACGGACGCGCUGCUGGAGAUCGUCGGCGGCGACAGCGUCGAGGUGGCCUGGGCGCCGCCGCUGAGCGACGGCGGCGCGGCCGUCCGGAGCCGCGUGGAAAGCAAAAUUUUACGACCUCCACGCCAUCGACGCGACGCCUGCUCGAUGGCGUGGCGGUGUCGGUUCCCCACCGCUCGACGGAGCCAGCGCGGCCGCAUCAUCGCCGCGAAAUGACUUCGUGAAGAAUUAUCGGGUGCGCCCGAAACACCGGUUGCUUUCCACACAGGUCCAGAGCUACCAGGUCGAAUGGGACACGAACCCCGGCGUGGCCGAGGUCCAGACCGUGACGACGAGCACGUACCUGGGCGCGAACGAGCUCCAGACGAUCCGCACCUUCGGCAAGGACCUGUGUGGAAAUCAACCAGUGCGUCGGCGUCGCGUCGAUGGCGUGGAGGACGACGCGACGAUUCAGCACGAACGCGCCGUAAAAUUUUGAUUUCCACACAGGCAAGGACGUGGACGAGAUCCAGCUCGUGCGGACGCUCGCGCGGCCGCACCGCGAGGAGCAGUGGGUGACGGCGACGGCGCCGGCCGGCUCGACGCUGGCGGGCACCUUCGCGCUGGCCCUGGACACGCGGCCGACGGGCGGCACGCUCCAGUACACGGGCGCCAUCCCCGCGUCGGCCGCGGCGUGCUGCGGCCGGACGUCCGUCCUCGCCAUGGUCGAGGCGCUGCAAAACGUGGGCCUCGGCAUGGUCACCAAGGUGAAGCGCGAGGACGUCUCCAUCGACGGCCGCGCCGGCUUCCAGUGGCAGAUCCAGUUCAACGAGACGCUCGCCGACCUGCCGCAGCUCCAGGUCCUCGACGCGUCGGGGCUGACGCUCGGCUCGACGGUGACGGUGGCGACGGAGACGGAGGGCAACGCCAUCAGCGGCACCUUCCGCCUGACCUUCGGCGGCGACACGACGGCGCUCAUCGCCGCGGACGCGACCGCGGGCGAGGUCGAGGACGCGCUCGAGCUCCUGGACACGGUCACGGACGUGACCGUCGUGCGGGGCGACGCGCAGCCCUUCGGCGGCUUCAGCUGGUGGGUGACCUUCGUCCACGACGACCAGGGCGGCGACCAGCCGCUCCUGACGCCCGUCUACGAGGGCACGCUCCUGGGCCUGAGCGGCGACCCCUGGGUCGAGACCUCCGAGGUGCGCGCGGGCAACACGCUGAGCGGCAGCUUCAACGUGAGCUUCGCGGGCGUCGACGGCGUGCACCCCGGCACGACGGUGAUCCAGCACGACGCGACCGCCGAGGACGUCGUCGAGGCCCUGACGCGCCUGCCGGGCGUGCCGGCGGGGACGGUGGCCGUCUCGCGGAGCGGCCCGGACCCCGAGAACGGCUACGUCUGGACCGUGUCGUUCCUCGACGACGCCGAGCGCACGUGGGAGAAGGACCUCGGCGACGACUUCGACUUCGAGAUCGCCUCGACGGCCAACCUCAUCGGCGUCGACGCGCGGGCCAAAAUCGAGGUGCUCCGCGAGGGCACGAUGAAGGAGAUCCAGCUGCUCAACGUGACGCGCGGCGGCGGCAACGACACGAAGAACGACUACUUCUACCUCGAGUUCGGGGGCCAAAUUACGGGCAAGAUCUUCGCCGCGUCGGACCCCAAGACCGGCGAGUGCGGCGACGCCGUCCCCGAGGUGCAGCGCAUCUCGAGUCGGACGGUCGACACGACGGCGAGCGGCGGCGACGCCGCCGUGUCGCCGCGCACGACCUUCCGCCUCGGCUACGGCCGCGAGACGACGGGCUACAUCUACGCGGCCAACGGCGGCGACUGCUCCGUGGCCGGCGCCAAGAUCGAGGCCGAGCUCGAGGCCCUGGACGCGUUCUACGAGGUCGACGUCGCGUCGUCGGCGACGCUCGGCAGCCACGAGUGCGACUGGGACGUCACCUUCAGCACCACGGCGGGCAACCUCGACGAGCUCUCCAUCUCGGUGAGCCGCGACGCGGCGGGCCCCGAGGACGGCCCGUCCAGCAGCGCGCAGGCGGGCGACGACACCAUGACCGUCGCGACGACGACCGAGGGGCGGACCGACAUCGUCCAGUCCGAGCUGGAGGCCCUCAGCACGAUCGGCCGCGUCACGGUCUCCGUGGAGUCGGCCGGCGUCAAGGACGACGGCUCGGAGGGCAUCGAGUGGCUCGAGAAGCGGCGCACGGGCACGUGCCUCUACCGCGUCACGUUCGACACGAACGCCGGCGACCUGCCCAUGAUCGCCAUCUGCGGCGACCCGAACUGCGCCGUCAACCACCGGUCGAACGUCGACGGCCAGGGCGUCCAGAACUUCCAGCGCGGCGUGUCGUUCCUGCCGUACGACAACAAGAACUCGACGGCGAACGUGACGCUCGUGCAGAAGUCGACGAGCGUCGCCGUGAGCGGCGACUUCGCCCUGGAGUUCCGGGGCCAGCGGACGGGCUACCUGCCCUACACGUCGUCGGCGUACGACGUCGAGGCGGCCCUCGAGGCCCUCUCGACGAUCGGCUCCGUCGCGGUCAGCCGCACGGCGCCCGACGAGAACGGCGGCGCGACGUGGUCCAUCACGUUCCUCACGGAGCUCGGCGACGUGCCGAUGCUGACCGCGGACGACCUCGACAUGACCGGCACGGCCGUGUCGGCCACGACGUUCCUCCAGCGGCAGGGCGUCUUCCCGCCCUUCAACUCCCUGGACCCGCUCAACGGCCUGCCGCUCGGCUCGGCCGCGAUCACGGACCUGGCGGACCUGGACCUGACGAUCUCGAAGCUCGAGACGCGCGUGCCCUACUACGUGCGCGUGGCGGCGGUCAACGCCCUGGGCCAGGGGCCCUGGACGAUGACGACGCCGCCCUACGUGGCGCCGACGCCCUUCCGGCCCGGCGCGCCCGUGAACGUGUCGCUGGCCGUGCUCGACGCGACGUCGCUCCGGCUCUCCCUCGAGGACCCGGUCCGGGACGGCGGCGACGCCGUCGACUCGUACCGCGUCGAGUGGGCCGGCGAGCCGUUCGUCGACGAGGUCCAGGCCGUGCGCCUCUCGAUGAACGCGACGACGGAGGUGCAGGUCGUGCGGACGGAGCUGCCGGCCUGGCGGAACUUCUCCGAGGUCCAGCUCAUCCACCUGAAGCUCGACGACGACUUCGACGGCACGUCGCCGGCGGGCGGCACGUCGCGCCUCGAGACGCAGCUCGUCGAGUGCGACGCGUCGGGCGGGAGCUUCACGUUCACGUUCGACGGCCUCACGACGCGCAGCAUCGCCUACAACGCGAACCCCGCGGUCGUCGAGGCCGCGCUCGAGGAGCUCACGAACAUCAACGACGUGACCGUGACGUUCACGGGCGUCGGCGGCGGCGCGACGACGGCGUGCAUCGACGGCGGCGACGGGCGGCUCGUCGUCGAGGACGGCCACUCGCCGCACGUCGGCUACGAGGCGGCCAUGAACAUCACGUUCAACUCCGUCACGGACUACGUGGGCCCCGUGCCCGCGCUCGUGGGCAACGUCAACAACCUCGAGGGCCUGCGGCGCAUCGACGUCUACCGCAACCGCGAGGGCAUCGCCGGCCUCGGCGGCACGUACAAGCUGCGCUUCCGCGGCGAGACGACGGCGGCCAUCUCGUUCCAGGCCACGGACAAGGAGGUCGAGGCGGCGCUCAUCGCCCUCGACACGAUCCAGGCCCUCGAGUCCCAGGGCGUCACGGGCGUCAACGUCUCGGACUGGUCGUCGGACAUGGCCGCGCCCUACAGCGCGAACGAGCGCCUCUAUGCGGUCGAGUUCCGCGGCUCGGGCGUCGGCGGCAACGUCGAGGCCCUGCAGAUCGCCGAGGACAAGCUGACCGGGAGCGGCGCGCACCUCAAGCUCUACGCGGACGGCGCCGAGACGGCGGCGGACGUGCGCCACUGCGUGUACUGCGCCUCGCGGAGCGGCGUCGAGCUCGGCGGCACGUUCACGCUGACCCUGCGGCGGCACACGACGGAGCCGAUCGAGUACAACGCCGCGGCGUCGACGAUGAAGGCGCGGCUCGAGCAGCUGCCGAACGUCGGCACGGUGGACGUCGUGCGGUCGGCGCCGGGGCCGCGCCGCGAGUACGCCUGGACCAUCUCCUUCGUGAGCAACCCGGGCUACUGGCCGGCGAACGCGCGGGACGUCGCCAUGCUCGUCCCCGACGACACGACGCUCCUGCCGCUCGGCGCGAACUUCUCGCGGAGCGGCGUGAACGACGGCGUCCAGCGCGGCACGACCUUAGACCGGUUCCUGAACAACCCGCCCCUCUACCCGAAGGCGACGGUCUCCGUGAGCGAGCGCAUGAAGGGCUCGCGGCCGCUCCAGGGCUCGUUCCAGCUGACGUUCUGCAACGACACGCGCGCGGGCCUCUACCGCGCGCCCCGGGCGCCCUACCCGGGCCGUUUCUGGUCGCCGACGGAGUGCGACUACUCGGGCCCGAUCCCGCACGACGCGUCGCCCGCGGCCUUCGAGGCCGCGCUCGAGGCCAUGGAGCACGUCGGCGACGUCGAGGUCUCGCGCGCGUCGAACCACGACGGCUACACGUGGUUCGUCACCUUCGGCGGCUGCAAGACCAACCGCUGGGGCGACGACGUCUGCAACGGCGGCGACGUGGCGACGCUCGACUGGGCGCAGCCCAACUCGACGCUGACGGGCGGCGCCUGCGAGGGCGACUACCGCGACGGCGCCGGCGCGGGCGACUGCUCGGGCCUCAACGUGACCGUGACGGAGGUGACGCGCGGCUCGGGCCCGGGCAGCUGCGCCGACGGCCCGCUCGGCGAGUGCGUCGCGACGGCGACGGACCUGAGCGGCGGCGCGCCGUACGCCUACGACCUCCUGGGCCUCGCGACGGGCGAGCGCUACUACGCGCGCGCGCGGUGGCACAACGACCUGGGCUUCGGCGCCUACGAGCUCUCGGCGCCCGAGUACGAGACGCCGUCGUGGAACGCGCCGGGCGCGCCGCCGCCCGUGCGCCUCGUGAACUCGAGCUCCGUCUCGCUGGCCGUCGCGUGGGACCACCCGACGACGGACGGCGGCGCGGGCGUCAUGGGCUACGAGCUCUGGAUGGACGAGUGGGCCGGCGGCCGGCCGCGCCUCGUCUUCGACGGCACGGACCAGCCCGACGUGACGGAGUUCGUCGUGCGCACGCGCACGAGCGUCGGCCUCGAGUCGGGCAAGCAGUACCGGUUCACGGUGCGCGCCGUGAACUACUGCAACGCGCGCGACGCGGACCUCAUCUGCCGCGGGGAGUUCUCGGACCCGUCCGUCUUCACGGUGCGGAACCCGCGCGCGCCCAUGGCGCCGCUGGCGCCGCGGCAGGUGAGCAUGUCCGCCUACGGCGUCCGCGAGUCCCUGUACCAGGCGAACUCGGACCGCAUGUUCAAGCACGGCCAGGUCGCCGUCGAGUGGCGCGCGCCCGUCGACAACGGCGGCGCGAACAUCACGGCCUACCAGCUCUGGAUGGGCCGCCCGGGCAAGAAGGCCUUCGAGAAGGUGCCCAUGGAGACGUUCGGCGCGGGGCCGCGCGACGAGGGCGGGCUCGGGAGCGUCGACGUCCUGCCGGGCCGCUUCGGCGUCAUGCGCCACGUCGUCGGCGAGCUCGACGAGGGCGAGCUCUACCGCUUCUACGUCCAGGCCGUGAAUGGGUUGGGCCGGUCGGCGAAGUCGCCGGUCACGUCGAUGAUCGCCGCGACCGUGCCGGGCAUCGACGACGGCGUCCGCGACGGCACGUACGGGAACCAGUCCUACGCCCUCGUGCGGCCGACGAACGUCGACGUCGGCGAGACGUCGGUGCACGUGCGCUGGCGCGCGCCCUACCACAACGCGACGGGCGGCUCGCCCAUCUCGGGCUACCGGCUCUUCAUGUACCCCGGCGCUUCUUUAAAUACUGUGGCGGACCCGGACCCGGUCAAGCAGGAGGUCCAGCGCGUCGUCAUCGACGCGGACCGCCCGUCGCCCGAGCGCCAGCGCAUCCUCUUCGAGAACACGAAGUUCGACUCCGUCGUGCGCCUCUACGUCAACGGCAAGUGGACCAAGCCCCUCGAGCGGGCGGCGCCGGACUCGGAGUGGGAGCACGCCAUCGCCAACGCCAUCGGCUGUAAUUAUGGAAAGACGACGCGCGACAAGUGCGUCAACGUCACGGGCUACGACGGCAUGUACGGCAACACCAACAAGACGGUCACGUUCUACGGUCGGGGCCAGGUGCCCCUCAUGGCCGUCGACAAGGCCCAGGUCGACGCCUACACCGCCACCGACCCCCACGACGUGUCGGUCGAGCGGCUCCUGGCCGGCACGAACGAGCUGUCGGGCUCGUUCACGCUGUCCUUCCGCGGCGAGGAGACGGUCGCGAUCCCCGUGGACGCCGACGCCGUCGCCGUCAAGGCCGAGCUCGAGAAUCUGGAGACCAUCUCGGUCGUCACGGUGUCGCGCAACCAGACGGACGCCUUCGGCGGCUUCGAGUGGAUGGUCACGUUCGACUCCGAGGCGGGCGACGUGCCGCUCAUGCGCGCGACGGCGGGCCGCCUCGUGGACGCGGGCACCGACGACUACUACCACCGCCCGAACGUGUACGUCGAGACGGUGCUGCCGGGCACGCCCGCGGUCCUCGUCUACGACGGCACGGACGCGCCGGACGUGCUCGACUACGAGGUCGCCGGCCUCACGACGGACGCCCUCUACGCCUUCAAGGUCCAGCCCUUCAAUUUGUUGGGCGGCGGCGUGCUGUCGCGCGCGUCGCUCACGGUCGCGGCGCGCGCGGGCGCGGCGGCGGCGCAGACGACGGCGAGCGGCUCGGCCCUCAGCGUGGGCAUGGCCGGCGUCGUCUACGAGCAGCAGGUCGUGAGCGUGGACCUGGGCAUCGGCGACGUCUACGUGCGGCUGGGCCUCACGCCCAAGACGGAGUUCAGCGCCGGCCUCAGCGGCAUGGACACGCCGCAGACCUGGGAGCAGACCCUCGCGGCGGACAACCUCGACAUCGGCCGGGUGCACGUCACGCGGAGCAACGAGACGACGUACGGCCAGUCCUUCGGCACGUACACGGUCACGUUCCUCGAGCGCGUCGGCGACGUGCCGACGCUCGAGCUGUCGUCGGGGCCCGGCUACUACCAGGUCGACCACGGCCUCUCCAAGGUCACGGAGUUCCUCAAGGGCCGGGCGAACACGUUCACGAUCGAGCCCAAGAAGGCCUCCGGCGCGCCGCUCCGGGACCUGACGGCGUCGCGCGGCCGCGAGGGCCUGGACGUCUUCUUCACGGAGCUCUGGCGUCAUAAUGAUGAGGGCGACUACGCGCACUACGCCGACGGCGGCGUCGCGACGUACAACCCCGCGACCUACGAGAUCCAGCGGCUGCACUUCGCGCGCGACUUCGACGGCCUCUUCACGCUCACGUACAACAACUCGAACGCCACGGGCUGCGGCGACAACGACGGGCUGGGCUACAUGCGCGGCGAGACGCCGCAGGUCAACCUGCCGGCCCACUGCUCCGGCAAGACGGAGCAGCUGGGCGCGGACGCGUCGCCCUACGUGGUCAAGGUGGCCCUCGAGGCCCUCGGCAACGUCGAGGCCGUCGACGUGACGCGCAACGGGACGGCGCACGACGGCUUCCAGUACGACGUCACGUUCACGACGGACCUCGGCCCGCGGCCCCUGUUGGAAAUCCUCGUGGGCGGGGCGGGCGUGAGCCCGGCGGACGCCUGGGUGUCGCGCGUCCAGGAGGGCGUCACGGAGACGCAGAUCAUCGUGCUCAGCUCGGACGUCGAGUUCGUGCCCGACGUGCAGUCGGUGCACGUCGUCUGCGACGACGCGGUCGACGUUUCAGCCGAAUGCGAAUUCGUUCUGCAGCUCGACGGCGGCGCGGACACUACGACGACGCUCAAGACCAAGUUCGACGGCGGCGGCACCGCGUCGACGGCGCUCGAGGUCGAGCACGCCCUCGAGAAGCUCGACGGCAUCAACGACGUCGUCGUGACGGCGGGCACGGCCCAGGACGGCAUCAACCCCGACGCCUUCAAGGGCUCGUCGUGGGACGUCACCUUCGUGAGCCCCGUGGGCGACGUCGGGAACCUCGUCGUGCUCGACGCCGACGGCACCACAUACAGCAACGCCGACGGGUACAACGUCGUCGAGCUCGUCAAGGGCGAGUCCGGCCUGGGCGGGACCUUCUCCGUGGCCUACGAGGGCCACUACUCGCGCGACAUCGCCUUCGACGCGUCGGCGGCGACGGUCAAGACGCGGCUCCAGGAGAUCGCGUCCGUCGACGAGGUCAACGUCGCCAAGGAGGUGCUGGGCAACUCCAUCAAGUACACGGUCACCUUCACGAAGCAGCUCGGCAACCUGCGCGAGAUGCAGGCCUCGCCGUACGUCUACGAGGAGCAGACGGUGACGACGACGGGCGGCGACCCGACGCCCCUGGACGGCACCUUCGCCCUGACGUUCUACAACGAGACGACGGCGCCGAUCCCCUACGACGCGCCGGCCUCGGCCGUCAAGGCGGCCCUCGAGGCGCUGCCGACGCUCGACCGCGUCGACGUCGCCAAGGCCGAGCGGAACUACGGCCAGGCGGACUGGAUGGUCACGUUCCGCUCGGAGCUCGGCGACCUCGAGCUCCUGGGCUGCGACGCGACGCUGCUCACGGGCAGCGACGCGGCGUGCGCGUCCAGCGAGAUCGUGGCCGGCGACGCGGCGUCGCUCACGGGCAGCACGCCGCGCGUGCGCGUCGAGGAGAAGGUCGCCGGCCUGCCGUCCUACACGGGCAGCUACACGCCGGCGGCGACGGGCGACGCCGACGUCGUCGUGCGCCAGCUCGUGCAGGGCGGCCUCGCGGCCGAGUACUUCGACAACGCCUGGCUGCAGGGCGACCCGACGGUCGUGCGCGUGGACCCGAAGAUCGACUUCGACUGGGGCCACGGCGCCGUGACGCCCUACGGCCGCGACUACGUGUCGGCGCGCUGGAGCGGCAAGGUCGUGCCGCCCUCGACGGACGUGUACACGCUCUACGUCUUCUUCGACGACGGCGCGCGCGUCUACGUGGACCACGAGCUCGUCAUGGACGGCUGGGAGAACGCGACCUUCGCGUCGGACGGCCAGCGCGCCGAGGUGCCGCUGACGGGCGGCGUCUUCCACGACCUCGUCGUGGAGUGGCGCGAGCUCACGGGCGCGGCGCGCGUGCGCCUCGCCUGGUCCAGCUACUCCGUCGUCUACGAGACGGUCCCCUCCACGGCGCUCUACCACGCGUCCCACAUCGCCGGCUCGCCGUUCGCGACGACGAUCGUGCCGGGCCGCGCGGACUUCCCCUUCACGACGGCGACGGGGGCCGCCCUGACGGCGGCCGUGAGCGGCGUGAAGCAGACCUUCCGCGUGACGACCAAGGACGCCACCGGCAACAAGCUGAUCCGACCGCUCGACGAGGACGACUCGGCGGACCAGAUCGCCGUCGACAUCCUGGGGCCCACGACGCUCUCGGGCCGCGUCGAGUACGUCGGCGACGGCGAGUACGACGUCACGUACACGGCCCUCAAGUCGGGCACCUACGAGCUCAGCGUCAAGACGGGCGGCACGGACAUCUUCUGCGGCCUGGGCGACGCGGACCGGUGCUCGCCCUUCACGCUGACGGUCGAGCCGGGCGCGGCCACGGCGUACACGUCCGAGGCCGAGUCCGCGCCGGCGCCGGGCAUGGACUACCUCGUCGAGGCGGCGGCCGGCGACACGGGCGUCUUCGCGAUCCAGGCCAAGGACGCCUUCUCGAACAACCUGUGGGCGGGCGGCGACGACUUCUCCGUCCUGCUGACGCACAAGACCGACGGCGACGUGCAGUACCGGGCCUUCGUCACGGACCACGGCAACGGCACGUACAUGGCGACGUACACGGCGCCCAUCGCCGGCCCGUACGACGUCGAGAUCACGCACCGCGGCGAGCCGCUGCUGGGCUGCCCGGCGCCCUCGGCGCCCUACUGGUGGCAGCGCGCCUACGACGGCGUGGACGUCUACCCGCGGCCGUCGCACUGCAAGCACGCGGCGCCCGAGCUGACGGUCGUGCACGGGCCGCUCCACGGCCCGACGUCGACGGCCGUCGGCCCGGGCUUCACGACGCAGCUCGUGGCGGGCGUCCCCUCGACGCUGACCAUCGAGGCGCGCGACGCGUUCGGCAACCUGCGCAAGGGCGACGACACGCCGCACUUCGUCCACGGGUACUACGGCGGCGAGCCGCAGCACAAGGGCGCCUCGGACUACUUCCUCGUCGUCUUCGACCACCAGGCCAUGGACUACACCUUCACGACGUCGACCGCGAUCCAGACGAUCACGAUCAACGACGUGUCGAUCCGGGCCGGCCCGGCGUCCGACGACGGCCUCCAGUCCUACCGCCUGCGCUUCGCGGGCCGGACGACGAUGGACAUCCCCGUCAACGCCACGGCCGCCGCCGUCGAGGCCGCCCUCGAGAUGGCGCACGACGGCGCCUUCGACGUGUCCGUCUCGCGCGGCGCGCCGGUCGUCGGCGCGAACGAGGGCCGCGGCGCCAACCACCGCGAGUGGGGCGCGUCGUGGCGGCAGCACGAGUACCGCGUGACCUUCCUGGAGCGCCUCGACGAGUGGGCCGCCGACUCGCUCGUCGCGCUGCCGGCCGAGCAGGGCCGCCGCCAGGUCGAGGACGUCUCGGCCCUGACGUCGGCGUCGGCGAACUCGCUCGUGGCGGACGUGAACAUUUCGCGCCCGGCCAAGGGCGGCCUCUACCCCGUGGACUUUGUGCUCGGCUACUCGGGGCCCUACGAGCUCUCGAUCACGACGUCGGGCCGCCACGUCGACGGCUCGCCCUUCGAGCUCGACGCGGACCACGGCGUCGCGACGUCGGCCGCGACGACCGUCGCGACGACGGGCGGCGGGCCGGGCAUCAACUACGUCGUCGCCGGCGACCAGGUCGAGCUCGACGUGCACGUCCGGGACCACCGGCAGCACGAGGUGCAGAUCGUCGCCGUGAAUGCGGUCGAGGUGCCCACGGUGCCGGAGAUCCAGCGCCUCCAGGUCGGCGUGGCGGAUGCAAACCCCUUCACGCUUAAGUUCCGCGGCCAGACGACAGGGAACCUGGUCGCGGCGACGGCGACGGCGGCAGACAUCGAGGCUGCGCUCGAGCUUCUGCCGACGAUCAACGGCGGCGUCACGGUGUCGCUCGAGGGUGAUGAUACCGGCCAAGGCGAGUGGUUCCGCGUGACGUUCGACACGGUCUACGGCGACGUGCCUCUCAUCGAAGAAGGUGGCGCUAACCAAAUAAAUAUGGUGCAGGAGGUCCAGAAGGGCGACGCGCCGUACCGGCGCGAGGUCCAGACUUUUAAGUGUGAUGCCAGCGCCGGGACGUUCACGGUCAGCUUCCGCGGCAAGACUACGACCGAUACUCUGUCCGCGGGCGCCGCGAGCGCAACCACCACCGUCAUCGCUCUGCGAGAUGCGCUCGCGGCGAUCGGCGUCGAGGCGGACGUCUACAAGGAGACGGGCGACGACGAGAUCUGUAACGGUAAGGGUAUGGUCUUCAUCGAGUUCACCGCGCUCCAGGGCGACAUCGAGCCCCUGACCUUCACUCAGCCCACGACUUCGGGGACGCUCACCGCGUCGUCCGGCGAGGCCAACGGCCAGGUCGACGGCGUGCACCCCGUCUGGGGCACGUUCACGCUGAGCUUCGGCACCGACGAGAACGGCGACCCCUGGACGACGGCGCCCAUCGCGGCGGACGCGACGGGCGACGCCGUGCAGCGGGCGCUGGAGGCCCUGCCGUCGCUCGGCGACGUCACGGUGACGGCGACGCGCAUCGGCCAGUGCCUCGACAAGAACACGGAGCCGCCGCGCAUGGUCUUCGCCAACGCGACGCGGCUGAGCGUCUGGGAGGUCCACUUCGACGGGCGCUGCGCCGUGUCGGGCUGGGACUUCUGCCCCGACGCGCUCGGCGACGUCGCGCUCCUGGCGGCGGACGCGAGCGGGCUCCUCUACGCCUCGUCGCCCUACGAGCGCCAGGCGGCGCCGCGCGUCGUCGUGACGGAGGCGGUCAAGGGCACGACGGGCAACCUGAUCACCGGGUCCAUCGGCGACGAGAUCGUCGAGUUCGCCGCGACGCACCAGCAGAUGCCCGCCUACGGCAUCGACAUGUCCGAGACGCAGCGCAUCCGCUGCGCCUACGGCGGCGACCGGACGGGCCACCUCGGCGGCGGCGGCGGCCAGGGCUACCGGGGCGGCAACUUCUCGAUCUCGAUGCUCAACGAGGCCACGGGCCUCUGGGAGACGACGACGAACGUCUCGGCCACGACGGACCUCAUGGACCUCAAGCUGGCGCUCGAGGGCCUGCCGGGCAUCAAGAACGGCCUCACGGUGACGGGCGGCAACGGCGGCGGCGACUCGAUCUGCUGCGAAAGCGAGAUCAUCAGCGAGUGCGCCUGGGUGACCAUCGCCUUCGGCCCCAAGAACAAGUACACGCGGCCGGCCUUCGAGUUCUCCGACGAGACCGACGUCCGGGUCGAGGUCGAGGAGACGAUUACGGGCGUGGACUCGUUGAAGUACCGCGCCGACGGCGUCUACGAGCUCAAGUACACGCCGACGGUGGCGGGCAACUACACGUUCACGCUCAAGGUCUCGCCCGUCAAGCCGGGCACGGCGAACGCCACGGACUUCAUCCACACGGAGCUGAGCGCCGGCUUGGUCGUCGCGCCGGCGACGGCGGCGGGCCCGCAGUCGCCCCUCGAGCUUAACUUGAGGGCGACGGCCGGCGUGCUCUCCUCCUUCGACAUCCACGCCCGGGACCGCUUCGGCAACCGGCUGGGCCGGCCGCUGGCCGAGCCCGCGGCCGCGUUCCGCGUGACGAUGAACGGCACGGGCUUCGUGGGCGGCGGCCGCGACUCGGACACGGAGUUUGUGGAGGGCGCGGUGCGGGACAAGCGCACGCCGAACACGGACGGGCUCAUGGUGGCGUCGGUCACGCCGCGCCUCGCCGGGCCGCACGUGCAAUCCGUGACGCUCGUCAACGCGGGCGGCCUCAAGGCGACCUACUUCACGGAGAAGGACUUCACGGGCGCGGCCCUGGGCUCCAACGGCUGGCGCCGCUGGCCCUACCACGAGCCCAAGUGGUGCGCGCCCGAGGCGCUCUCGCCGUGCGACUCGACGAAGCUGGAAGGGCCCAUCGACCUCGACUUCGGGGGCUUCGCGCCCUUGGAUAGCGUCGAGUGGGACGGCUUCCCGGCGGACUACUGGUCCCUGCGCCUCGAGGGCUUCGUGCUGGCGCCCGCGGACGGCGCGCUGACGCUGCGCGCGCGGACGCGGCAGAACUGCCGCGUGACCUUCGACGGGGCGGUCGUCGCGGACACGCUGGGCGCGAGCGGCAGCGUGACCGACGUGCGCGCCUGGAACGCGUCCGUCGUCGCCGGGCGCCUCUACCCCAUCGUCAUCGACUUCGUCGAGGACACGGGCCCGGCGUCGCUGGUCCUGGAGUGGGUGCGGGGCGGCGCCGCGGAGAUCGUGCCCAAGUCGCACCUCUACUACGAGCGCCACGUCGCGCGGAGCCCCGCCGAGGUCCUGGUCUACCCGGACAAGGUCGCGGCCGCGACGACGGCGGCGGCGGGCGCGGGCACGACGCGCUGCGUGGCCCUCGAGACCUGCGACUUCGUGGUGACGGCGACGGACGCCGACGGCAACUACCGCCUCAACACGGGCGCCGACACCUUCGUCGUGGAGAUCACGGGCGUCGACGACUGGGCCGGCGAGGGCCGGACGAACGAGUACGACGGCCCCGACCCCAUCGUGGUCGAGGGCGCGACGCAGACGCCGCUCGCCUGGGAGUUCCUCGGCACGGGCUCGGUCUACACGAACACGAGCCGGCUGUACAACUUCUCGGGCGUCGCCGCGACGACGUUCGGGUCGCUGCAGCGCGGCGACGUGCUCUCCAUCGGCCUGGCGACGGACGGGUCGAACGACGUGCGGGACGAGGACCUGUCGCCGGAGUUCAUCGAGGUGGCCCAGGAGGGCGACUUCUACGCGAACGGCACCGGGCCCGUCUACCCGUCGCCGCGCGUCCAGGAGAUGCCCUACAACAUCAAGUACCCGUCGAUUCCGCUCGCGGACGUCUGGCGCGGCCGCACGAUGCACUCCGUGCGCAUCUACCGCGGCGCGGCGGGCGGCGACACGGCGCGCCACACGAUCGCGUACUACCCGUACGUGCGCGGCACGUACGACCUCGACGUGCGCGUGAAGCAGACCGCCGAGGUCCAGGAGCUGCGGACGACCGUCGGCAAGGGCCGGCACCUCGACGGCACCUUCAAGCUCCAGCUCACGGCCGUGGACAAGUUCGGGGAGGUGUCGACGUCGACGACGAGCGACAUCCCCUUCGACGCGACGAACCAGGAGCUCGAGGACGCGCUCAUCGCGGGCAUGCCCAACCACCUGACGCUCGUCAACGUGACGGGCCCGGUCUCGAAGUCGCUGGCCGAGAACGGCACGACGUGGCGCAUCGAGUUUCUGGGCGUCUACCCGACCAAGGGCCAGGACCUCCCGCUGCUCGUCGUGGACACGGCGAAGCUGACGGGCAACCGCGCCGCGGGCGUCGUCACGGAGCUCGUGAAGGGCGUCCCCGAGCAGUCCAUCAGCGGCGCGCCGUUCCCGCUCGUCGUCGAGCCGAACGACGCGGCCGCGGCGUGGUCCACGGCCUACGGCCGGGGCCUCGUGCGCGGCACGGCGGGCGAGGUGUCCCGCUUCACCAUCGUCGCCAAGGACGCCUGGGGCAACACGCGCUUCGACGCGCAGCCGCGGUCCAAGUUCCGCGUCCUCGCGUUCGCCGAGGACACGACGAUAAACAGCGAGGGCGGCUGGUACCGCGCGAACGCCGCGGGCGUGCUGGAGACGCCGACGGCCGUCGUCGGACAGGUGACCUACGCCGGCGCGGGCGAGUACGCCGUCGAGUUCACGCCGAAGGCCUCGGGCCCGACGACCGUCGCGGUCGCGAUGCAGGAGGCCGUCGAGGUCCAGGCCAUCACCUGGAACGCGUCCGCGCCGGCGCAGCUCGACGCCCACGACGAGCACGGCGGCAUCGUCCUCUCCAUCGCGGGCCGGGACACGGACGAGAUCGCGUGGGACAGCUCGGCCGAGGACGUGGCCGCGGCCAUCGGUGGGUUGGGCUGGGGCGAGGUCGAGGUGUCGCGGGGCAUCUUCAAGGGCACCGACGAGCUGCGCAUGUACGACGCCGCGGCCCUGCGGGGCCUCCAGAUCGACAACGCGCACUACGUCUACAGCGUGACCUUCGCCGACUACGUCGGCGACGUGCCCAAGCUCGAGGUGCUCGAGCCGCGCGGCGGCAGCGAUCGGGUGGACUGGGACCAGGGCGUCACGACCAAAGAGAUCGUCAAGGGCUCGUUCGGCGUCGUCAAGGCGUCGGACGCGUGGCCCGUGCGCGCGCGGCCGUGGGUCAACGACCAGCUCGUGCGCGAGGUGCAGGUCGUGCGCGUGGACCACGGCCCCAUCCACUCCGCUCGGGGCAACUUCACGCUGACGUUCAAGGGCCAGGAGACGCGGAACAUCCCCGUCAACGCGACGGCCGGCCAGAUGAAGCGCUUCCUCGAGGAGCUCGAGACGGUCGGCCAGGUCGACGUGUCGCGCCGGGGCAACCCCGCCAGCACCACGCGCCUGGACAACUACGAGUGGGCCGUCACGUUCGGCGCCGGCCGCGGCACCGAGGUCGACCUGACGAACCUCGGCGACCAGCCGGCGCUGAGCGGACGCAACGUCACCGACGCCGACCGGCACACAUCGACGAACCCCAUCACGGUCUACGCGUCGGGCGCCGUCUCGCGCGGCGGCGUCGCGUCGGUCGACGGCCUCGCGCCCUUCUCGGCCGACGUCCGCCCGAACGCGGUGUCCGCCGCGAACUGCACGGCCGUCGACGCCGCCGGCGUCGCGGGCCAGGACGGCCUCACGGCGGGCUUCUUCGAGCGGACGUCGUCGUUCGUCAUCGAGGCGCGCGACGAGUUCGGCAACAUGAACCCCUACGGGCCCCGCGCGGAGGUGCAGGUCGUCGACGUCUUCGCCAAGGCGCCGGCCGCCGUGAACCACUCGGGCAACGCCUUCUCCCUCUCGUACCUCGGCGAGGCCGUCGAGGUCCCGUUCGGCGCGGGCGUCAAGGACGUCGAGGACCUGCUCGAGUCGCUGCCCGAGGUCGGCGCCGUGACCGUCACGACGACGGGCGCGACGCACGACCUCGCGUGCCGCGCGAACGCGACGUUCGGCGUGAACGUGAUCGAGCCGAGCUGCGACCUCCGGACGUCGCUCGGGCCGGGCGACUGGCUCCGCGUGGGCCACAACGAGUCCCACGGGCGCCUGCGCAACGAGGACGCCGCGGACCUCAAGCCCUGGGCCGGGUCGCCGGACCGCGGGCCGCCCGACGCGAACACGCACGUCUUCACGGUCGUGGCCGUCGCCCAGAAGCCGCCCUACGCGAUCACGCUCUCGAGCCCGUGGCCCUACGCGAGCGACGCCAACGUGGCGCUCUACGAGCAGGGCCGCGGCGAGAAGGGCGAGCGGGACGCCUACCGCUACGUCGUGACGUUCGACACGCUGCUGGGCGACCUGCCGCCGCUCGUCGCGACGCCGCUCAGCACGAAAUUCCGGACCGAGGUCACGUACUGCGAGCGCUACCGCUACCAGGAGGUCCGGACGCUGGAGAAGGGCGUCAACAACACGCACCAGCACUACGAGGCCAUGCAGGCGGCCGACCGCGACUUCCAGGGCGGCUCGAACUACGUGAACGGCACUUUCACGCUGUCGUUCCGCGGGGCGACGACGCGGCAGCUGCCGGCGAACAUUGAACCGGCGGCGCUCGAGACGGCGCUCGAGGACGACCUCGACGACGUCAUCGCGGCCUCGGUCUUGUAUCGACGGGGCCCCUUCGGCCCGGGCGAGUACCGGUGGCUCGUGCGCCUCGACGCGACGGUCGGCGACGUGCUCGAGCCCAUGUACGCCGAGGGCUAUUUAUUAACGGGCGCGCACGCGGCCGUCGUCGCGGACGACGACACGUGCCCCGAGGCGCCGGACAACGAGGCCGGCGAGAAGGUCGCGAGCGUGGCGGGGCGCCUCGGCACGCAGUUCGUGGCGCGGUUGAGCGGCCCCGAGGCCGUCAGCGCGGACGUGACGUACGCCGGCCAGGGCCUCUACGACGCGCGCUACGCGACGCCGCGCGUGGGCUCGUACCUCGUGGACGUCGCGGCCACGGAGCAGGGCGGGCUCGUGGGCCAGUACUUCAACAACCGCUGGCUCUACGGCGACGCGGCGUCGACGCGCGUCGACCACAGCGUCGACUUCGAGUUCGAGGUCGAGGACGCGAUCACGGACACGGGCCGGGACCACGUCUCGGUGCGGUGGACGGGCUUCGUGCGCCCGUCCUUCGACGAGGUCUUCACGUUCCACGCGCAAGUGAACGACGGCGCGCGGCUCUUCGUCGACGGCGAGCUGCUCUUCGACGCCUUCGAGAACGAGGUCGACGAGAGCAGCGGUGUUCCCUACGCGGAGUUCAGCGGCGCCACCUCCAAGCCCCUCAAGGCCGGCGCGCUCGUCGACAUAACGAUGGAGUGGCGCGAGACGACGGGCCGCGCCGUCGCGCGGCUCCUGUGGUCGUCGCCGUCGCAGCCCUACGGCCUCGUGCCGCCGGCGCGGCUCUUCCACCACGCCGACGCGUCGGUGAUCGACUCGCCCUUCGCCUACGCCCCCGUGGCCGUCAAGGCGACGCCGCCGACGAACGUGCGGCUCUCGCGCGGCGACUGGGACGAGCUCGUCGUCGAGUGGGACGCGCCCGAGAACGACGGCGGCGAGCCGGUCGCGAGUUAUAAGGUGGAGUGGUGGUCGAACGUGCCGGGCGACGUCGGCGCGCUCGAGGUGCAGACGCUCCGCGUCCCGCGCGACGCGCCGACGUCGGCGUCGUUCCACCUCUACUCGGGCGGCGGCUACAAGUACCCCUGGGCGCUCGCCGUGGACACGUGCUUCCACCACGACCACCUCUGCCAGGUGCGCCCGACGGCGCUCGAGGUCGAGCGGGCGCUCGAGUUCCUCUACGACGUGGGCGACGUGACCGUCGAGCAGCCCUUCGCGGAGGACAACUACGUGAACUACCGCAUCACCUUCGCCACGGACACGGGCGCGGCCGGCAACGCCCUCGUGGGCAAGAUCGGGCCCGUCUCCGUCGUCGGCGCGGGCUUCGGCCGGGGCGCCUCGUUGCAGCCCGUCGUCUGCCACGGCACGUCGACCUCGGCGGGCUGCGGCGCGGACCUCUUCCAGGACGGCAACUUCACGGCCAACCACUCGACGGCCGUGUCGUUGGACGUCGAGCCGGGCGCGCCGUACCGCUACGCGAUCCAGCACCUCUUCCAGCACUCGGGCGUCGCGGACGGCUUCGGCGUCCGCGUCGCCGCCGGCAACGCGGCGGGCUACGGCAACCCGUCGGCCCCGGUCUACCUCAAGCCCUACGCGACGGCCGACGCGCCCGAGGGCGCGUCGGUCGAGCGCGUGCCGGGCGCCGCGGACCAGCUGCGCGUGCAGUGGCGGCUGCCGCUCUGGCCCGCCGACCGCCAGUCCGAGGUCACGGCCUUCGUCGUCGAGUACUCGACGUCGCCGGACUUCCCCGCGGACGCGACGACCUCCGCGACGCUCGCGCGCGCGAGCUGCGCGUCGGCGCGCCUGACGUGCGCCGGCGGGGACUGCGACGUGCCGGGCGGCUACCAGGUCCUCUACGACGCCCCGACGGCCUACGACAAGGUCCUGCGCAACGACGAGUUCGACUGGCAGAUGGCCAACCCGAACAAGGCGCGGUCGGGCGUCUGGAUGCGCCACACGCUGGCGGGCCUCGAGAGCGGCUCCAAGUACCACGUUCGCGUCGCUGGCGUGAACGCCGCCGGCACGGGCGCCUUCGCCACCGUCGCGACGACGGCGGCGGCCGUGCCGGACCGCCUCACGAGCGGCGCGGUGCAGCUGCAGACGCUCGCGCGCGGCGCCGGCGUCAGCGUCGCGGACGCGGCCACGUCGCUCUCCGUGUCGUGGGCGCCGCCCCUCGACGACAACGGCUACGAGGUGACGGGCUACGAGGUCGAGUGGUGGCGCGGCGAGGGCGUCGACGAGGUCGAGAUCGUCGAGAUCAACGCCGUGGCGCACAACGUGUCGGGCACGUUCAAGCUGACGUACGACGGCGCGACGACGGUCGAGAUCGACCUCGAGGCCUCCGCCCUGGACGUGGAGAAGGCCCUCGAGGCGCUCCCGACCCUGCGGGACGUGCACGUCGAGCUCACGCACAAGGACGGCUACAACCCCGCGGGCGGCGAGAUCGGCGACCCCGGCGACUACCGGGGCGCCAACUACUCGUGGGCCGUCACCUUCCUCACGGAGUGGCCCGCCGCGACGAACCAGAAGCUGUCGGUCGACACGUCGGGCCUCGCGGCGAUCAACUCGACGAUCCGCGCGCUGGUGGGCUACGGCCUCACCGCGGACCUACCGGGCCACACGGCCACGAUCCCCCAGGUCAACGUGUCGAGCGGCAGCGCGGUCAUCCGCGCGUCGGCGAGCCAUGACUACGGCCCGAACGGCCAAACGGGCUCCGCACCGAUCCGCAACGUCGAGGGCGCGUGCGACCCGGGCGAGUGGAUCCUGCUGGGCCCCGCGGGCCAGCAGCGGCCCUACCAGGUGGCGUCGGUGAACGGCUUCAAGCUGACGCUGACGGAGGUCGUCACCCACAUCCCGACGACCGACGCGGCGGGCAACGCCAUGACCUACACGAACGUGCUGUGCGGCACGACGGUGCCCGGCGCGCCGCCGCCGGGCUACGCCCGGGCGACCGUGGACCCGGCCUUCGAGAGCGAGUCCGGCAAGAUGACGUACGUCGUCCACGGCCUCGACUCGGGCGAGUCGUACUCGGUGCGCGUCGCCGCCGUGAACGCGCUCGGCGCCGCGCAGCCGCGGCCGACGCAGCCGGCGGCGCUGGCGCCGCCGCGCCAGCAGCCGGACACGCCGACCAACGCGCACCUCCUCGUCUACGGCGGCAGCUCGCUGCGCGUGCUCUUCAACGCGCCGGCCUCGAACGGCGGCGCCGAGAUCACGCGCUACCGCGUCGAGUGGGACACGUCGGCCGACUUCGACUCGCUCGACGGCGGGCCCCUGGGCUCGAACACGAUCCUCGUCGACCCGACGUCGGGCGCGUACGACGACUGCACCAUGUCGUACUGCGGCUACACGAUCGGCUCGCUCGCGACGGGCAAGAACUACACCGCGCGCGUCUUCGCCGCGAACGCCUACGGCUACUCGACGUCAUCGUCGGCGCCGGAGCCGCGCUUCGAGGCGCCGGCGCGGCCGCCCGACCCGCCGGGCGCGCUCAACCUCUUCGCGGCGGGCCGCACGGCCCUCCAGGUGGCCUUCGGGCCGUCCCGGGACGAGGGCGGCGCGCAGGUCACGCACGCGAAGCUCGCCUGGGACGGCGUCGGGCCGCGCGCGAAGAUCGGCGGCGGCUCGAGCUCGCUCUACUCGCGCGUCGAGGUGCAGCGCAUCACGACGUACUCGCGGUACCGCGACCUGCAGGGCAGCUUCAAGCUCGCCUUCGAGAACCACGCGACGGGGCCGCUGCCCCACGACGCGGCGGCCGACGUCGUCGAGGAGGCCCUCGAGGCGCUGGCGCCCGUGGGCGACGUCACGGUGACGCGCGAGGAGGUGGGCUACGGCCACGCGUGGUACGUGACCUUCGAGGCGGCGGCGGGCGCGGACGACUGGCUCGGCGACCUGCCCUCGCUCCGCGUGAGCGCCAUGAACCGGUCGCUGGCCUCGAACUACAAGCUCGUCGAGGAGCUCGCCGCGGCGACGCUCGACGGGUCGGCCGCGGCGACGACGAUGACGGGCACGGACGCGUCCCUCACGGCGGACACGCUCGUGCACCGCUACGACGGCUUCUGCGUGCAGACCGUCCUCGCGUACGCGAAGAACGCGUCGCUCCGCGGCUCGUUCGCGCUCAAGUACGACUCGCCCGACGGCCUCGUGGCGACGCCCUACCUCGAGGCCGGCGCGUCCGCGGCCGAGGUCAAGGCCGCGCUCGAGGCCAUCGGCACGGGCGAGCUGUUCGUCGGCGCGGCGCAGGCGACCGACGGCAAGGAGUACACGAUCGUGUUCCUCGAGCGGCUGGGCACGGUGCCGCCGCUGCAGGCGGACUCGACGCGCCUCUACGCCUCGCCGAACAAGCAGGCCACGACGGGCGUGGCCGUGAGCGUCGUCGUGGCGGGCCGCGUGCCGGCCAUGGACUCGCCGCUCAAGGGCGAGGCCGAGGUGCGGCUGAGCGACCUCGAGCGGGACGCCGACGGCCAGUACGUCUUCAUGCUGGACGACCUGGAGGCCGGCGAGCCCUAUGCCGUGUCCGUGGCCAUGUACAACGGCGUGCGCAGCGUCUACGGCCUCCCGGCGCACGCGACGCCCGCGUCGCUGACGCCGGCGGCGGCGCCGUCGCCGCCGCGCACGGUCGCCAUCAAGCCGCUCGGCGAGGGGUCGCUGAACGUCACGUGGACGCCGCCCGUCGACGACGGCGGCGCGCGCGUCACGGCGUACCGCGUCGAGUGGGACUCGAGCGAGGCCGUGCACGAGGUCCAGCGCGUCAAGUUCAAGGCAACGGACAUCGUCGGCGCCUUCGCGCUCGCCUUCCAGGGCGCCACGACGCCGCCGAUCCCGGCGGGCGCGUCCGGCGAGCGGCUGAAGACGGCGCUCGAGGCGCUGCCGACGAUCGGCGAGGUCGACGUGACCAAGGGCGCCGCGUCCUACGACGUCGUCUUCCGGACGAACGUCGGCGACGUGCCCGCCCUCGCGGUCUCCGUCGACGCGCUGCGGGACGCCGGCGGCGCGGCCGUCGCCGCCGAGGUCGAGGAGGUGACGCGGGGCCUGGCGCCGGCCUUCGACGAGGGCACGCUGGGCAUCUACCGCCGCCCGCUCGGGUCCGUGGACGUGGCGAUGCGGCCCGAGGUGCAGGAGGUCGCGGUCGGCGCCAAGGCCGCCGACGUCAACGGCUACUUCCGGCUGUCGUACGGCGGCCAGACGUCGAACAAGAUCUACGCCGACGCCUCGGCGCAGGAGAUGGCGACGGCCCUCGACGACCUGAAGACGCUGGGCCCCGUCAUGGUCUCGGUGCGGGACGUCGAGCACCGCACGACGGAGCCGGUGCAGCACGCGGCGCGCGUCUGGCGCGUGACGUUCGACGCGGCGCUGGGCGACGUGCCGUCGCUCCUCGUGGACACGGGCGGCGGCGGCACGCAGUUCAACGAGGCCGUCGGCGCGCACGGCCACCUCAAGGGCACGUCGCCGUUCGCGAACGUCACCGAGGCCCAGAAGGGCGGGCUCCCGCGCUGGGUGUCGGUGGGCGACGGGCGGCUCGCCGCGGGGCGGCCCCACUACGCGCGCGUGGCGGCGUACACGCACGCCGCCGACGCGUGGUCGGAGCCGGCCGUCGCGGCGCUGACGGCGGCGCCCGCCGACGUCGCGCCGACGCCGCCCGUCGCGCCCAAGGUGAGCGUCGCCGGGCCCACGUCCCUGGCCGUGUCCUGGGCCGCCCCCGACGACGACGGCGGCGCCCCGGUGACGCACUACCUCGUGCAGUACGACCUCGACGAGAGCUUCGACGACUCGACCGGCUUCGCGCGCGUGCCGGUCGAGGACCUCGAGCACGACCAGGGCCGCUACGCCCACGUGCUCGAGGCCCUGACGACGGGCACGGCCUACUACGUGCGCGUGCUCGCGCACAACGCGGCGGGCUACUCGGAGCCGCGCAUGGCGGCGUCGCGCGCCGACGCGCCCGUCUACCGCAUCGACGUCGGCAAGGGCUCCACGGACUUCAUGCUGCACGUGUCCGCGCGCGGCAACUCCGAGUCGACGGCGGCCAUCGCGGCCGGCGCCACGGCGUCGGACGUCGCGGCCGCGAUCAUGGACCUCACGGAGCUCGAGUGCGGCGCCGUCCUCGUGCGGCGCUGGGACUCGUCGGACUACGCGUCGACGGCGAACAUGGGCGACGUCUACGACCUCGUCGACACGAAGUUCGGCUACGAGGUCGAGUUCGGCGGCGACCGCGACGCGGCGCUCGAGAUCUCGAACUACCAGGCCCGCUACGGCCAGAAGUCGGACGCCAAGUUCGACGGGAUCAACGUGACGCUGGCCGCGGCGCCGGCCGCCGACGGCUACGCCAUCAAGCCCGCGUACCGGGAGCCCUCGGCGCCGACGCGCGUCAAGCUGUUCUCGGUGUCGCGGACGAACCUCGGCGUGGCCUGGGCGCCGCCGGUGCUGUCGGGCGGCCACAAGGUCGAGAAGUACCUCGUCGAGUGGGACUCGAACCCCGAGUUCAGCACGAUCAGCGACCUCGGCGCGGGCUUCGCGAGCGUGCCGUCGACGACGGCCGGCCAGGUCGCCGUGAACGCCAGCGCGGCGCGGGGCCUGACGGUCCUCUCAGACCACCAGUUCCAGAUCCGGGGCCUCACGCCGGGCCGGAGCUACUGGGUGCGCGUGUCGGCCUGGAACGCCAAGGGCUACGGCGACGCCCGGGUCUCGACGCCCGCGAGCGCGCAGCCGGCCGACCAGCUCCUGGGCCCGCCGGUGAACGCCUCGGCGUCCGUCUCGCCCGGCGAGUACCCCGACCGCCUGCGCGUCGUCUUCAACCAGCCGCGCGUCGACCUGAACGGCUUCGCGCAAACGACGCACGGCGGCAACGAGCCCGCCAAGGCGGGCAACUACCGCAUCGAGUGGUCCGAGUCGUCGAGCUUCCCCGACGACGCGACGCACUCGUACGACUGGCGCGCGCUCCAGGGCGACGACGUCGCCCUCGAGUGCGAGGGCUACGGCGCCGACGGCGUCUCGGGCUACGUCGGCGCCGGCGUUCCGUGCUCCUUCGAGCUCGGCGCCGAGGUGCAGUCCGUGCGCGUCUACUCCGAGGGCUCGGAGCCGCUCACGGGGGGCUCCUACAAGCUGCUCUACGCCGGGCCCUCGUCGCCGCGGACGCGGCUCGUCGUCAACCCCGGGACGUCGCGCGCCGAGUUCGUCAACGUCUCGGACCUGGGCGACAACUACGCCUACGGCGGCGACGUCCUGACGAAGGGCUCCUUCGUGCGCAUCGGCGGCGUCGACGGCAAGCUCUACGGCAUCAACCAGACGUCGGGCUUCCAGGAGGACGCGCUCUCGGACCGCGGCGGCAACGUGACGCUGCACACGGCCUUCACGCUGGGCCAGGGCGCGCACGUCGACGCGCACACGGGCAAGAUGGUCGUCGACGCCUACGUCGUGGCGCCGCCGACGACGUGCCUGCGGCAGAACGCGACGGCGGCCGACGUCCGGGACCACAUCCGCCAGCAGAUGGACGACCUGCCCUUCGAGGAGACGGUCGAGGUGUCCCGCGACUCGAACACGACGGUCGGCAGCGGCUACCGCUACCGCGUCACGUUCACGGGCGGCGCCUUCUCGCGCUGGCCCGUCUCCAAGCUGGAGAUCGUGUCGCGCCUGACGGCGGCGGACCACGGCCUGCCGUGGGUCUGCUCGAACUUCACCAAGUCCAAGGCCCUGGGCCUCCUGGAGAACGUGCGCACGACGAACGUCUUCCACUCGGUGACGCGCGACCACUCGUCCGAGGCCCUGACGCCGGGCACGCCCUACUUCCUGCGCCUGAGCGCGGUGAACGACGUGGGCGUCGGCGCCGCGGCGCCGGUCGAGAGCUCCCAGGACUACCAGGACCAGCGGGGCGCCAUCGCGGCCGCGGCGCCGCCCGGCCUCACGGAGUGGGCGCGCGUCUUCGCGGAGCGCGACUCGCCCACGUCGCUGCGCGUGACCUGGGGCGACGUGGAGGACGCGCACGGCGCGGCGCUCACGGGCUGGUCCGUCGAGUGGAACAAGACGAACGCCGAGUUCCAGCGCGGCUCGGCGCCGCUCGGCGACAGCACCGACCACGACUUCCCGUACAGCGGCUCGUGGUCGCGGCUCGUCGGGCCCGACGCGCGCGAGUUCCGCAUCACGAACCUGACGGCGGGCAACUACUACGCCGUCGGCGUGCGCGCGAUCAACCGCCAGGGCGCGGCGCCGCCCGCGUGGUACACGUACGAGCGCGCCGGCGGCCCCAGGGGCAUCCCGUCCUGGUACGUGCAGCACGACAUCAAGGACACCUACGAGGGGCGCCGCCGCGCCGUGGCGACGUGCCCCUACGAGGGCGUCGUCGAGUGCUCCGAGGGCAAAAACGCCGGCGACCACUCGCCGGCGCUCGAGUACGUCAAGGCCGGGGUCGAGACAGCUAUCAACAACCCCGGUGCAACUUACAUUGCUACUGAUACCACUAUUGAGGUAGAUCCUUCGCAUGGUAUUACUAAUCCCUCUUACAUCCUGAUCGGCAACGAGGUUCUGAAAGUGACUGGCGUUGCUACUAACGAUCUGACUGUAGAGCGUGGCGCCGACGGAACGGACGCCGCUACAAUCGCGGACGAUGCGAAGGUGUUCCUCCUGGCCGACCCGCUGCGGCAGAUCGACGCGUACGACGGCCGCGCGCCGCCGUACAGCUACAUCAUCCGCGCGCGCGCGGUGCCGAAGCCGCCGCUGGUGUCGCUGGCGCAGAAUGCGGGCCGGUCGACGUCGGCGCGGCUGGGCCGCGUCCGCUUCGGCGGACCGCUCUCGGUGACGGACGGGCUCGAGGGCCCCGAGUCGUUCACGGCCGCGUCGCUCAUGGUCUCGUGGGAGAACGGCGGGCGCCGCGGCGCGCCGGUGGACAAAUAUCGCGUCGAGUGGGCCAUGGACGACCGCUUCACCAAGGACUACCAGACGGUCGUCGUGGCCAACAACCGCACGUCCGUCGACACGAUCGACGGGUCGCAGGAGGCGGUCAAGGGCGCGCCCUACCCGCACUCGUCGAACCUGGAGCAGUGGUGGAAUUUGACCUGCGCCAACGGGGCGGACUGCCGCGGCCAGCGCGUCUACGUGCGCCUCUCGGCGCACAACUCGCUCGGCUACUCGGACGUGACGGAGACGUUCGAGGCGACGCCCAUGACGUCGGCCGACCCGCCGAUCGCGCCGUCCCUGGAGGCGCUGGACGGCAACGACCACACGGUGCAGGACGUGGGCUCGCAGCUCCUCGUGCGCUGGGCGCCGCCGCGGAACGACUCCGUCGACCUCUACGGCGACGGCGGCGACCGCGUCACGUCCUACCUCGUGGAGUACUCCAAGAUCCCCUGGUCGGCCUACGCCCCGGUGGUGCAGCGCGUGCGCGUCCGCAAGCCGGGCGAGAACGCGGGCAGCCUCGACGGCACGAUCCGCCUCUCGCUCAACACGACGAACGACAAGCGCGCCGUCGUGAAGACCUUCGCGACGUCGGCCCGCAUCUUCGUGGGCAACGCGACGGCCUACGACGUCAAGACGAUCCUCGAGAACAUGCCGAACGUGGGCGAGGUCGACGUCAGCAUCCCCGACAUCGGGGACCCGUCGUCGGUCAACUACGACAUCACGUUCGUGGACGUGAUCGGGAACAUGUCGAUGCUCGAGCCCUUCGACGAGGGGCUCACGUACCACACGGACGCGUCCACGGUCGUCGAGCUCGGCGGCCGCGGCACCAAGGGUCAGGCAAACUUCGUGCACUUCAACGUGACCAUCCACCGGAACGCGUCGGAGGCCGCCCACCUGCCCCGGGACGGCGACUACCGCUUCGUCGAGGUGCCCGUCGGCGAGGGCGACGGCAUGGACUUCGCCUACGCCAUCGGCGGGCCGGCGCGCGGCUCGCACCCGCCGCUGCUGCCGGGCGUCGAGUACCACGUGCGCGUCGCGGCGGGGAACCGCCUCGGCUACGGCCAGCGGCGCCUCACGCGGCCGCCGGUCGUCCGGGUGCCGCGCCAGGCGCCGGGCCUGCCCGGCGCGCUGGCGCCGGGCGGCUUCGUCGAGGCGCCCAACGCGUACCUCGCGUCGCCCACGGCCAUCCUCGUGGAGGUCGGCGCGCCGGUCUUCGACGGCGGCGACGCCGUCGUCAACUUCGAGGUGCAGUGGGACACGCGGCCGGACUUCGCCGGCGGCCCCGGCGGCGAGCCGCUGGGCCGCGCGGUCGUCGCGGCGGCGGACUGGCGCUGCGCGGACUGCGUCACGCAGUUCGACGCGGACGACGGCGUCUUCACGUUCACGGGCAAGAACGACGACGGGCGCGCGCUCGAGGCGGGCGCCAAGUUCUACGUCACCUUCCCGGACGACGACAUCGCGUACCUCUUCACGGUCCGGUCGGGCGACCUCUACGCCACGGCGAUCAACGGCGCGUCCUCCCAGAUCUUCGUCGAGCCGGGCCACGCGCGCGCGGCGUCCUACGGCUCGGCCGCCAACGGCAACCACCAGUUCGCGGGCGAGCUGCGCGUCGUCGGCGCGCGCUACCGCAUCGAGGGCCUGACGGAGGGCCAGCACUACCACGUGCGCGUGGCCUGCGAGAACGCCGCCAAGGGCAUGGGCUCGUUCGUCGACACGCUCCCGUCGUCGCUGCUCGUGCGCGGCCUCGCGGCGGCGCCGGGCGCCGUGACGGCGACGCCCGCGUCGGCGCACUCCGUGCGCGUCGCGUGGCAGCCGGCGACCGUGCCGGGCGGCAGCGUAUCAGGCUACGUCGUCGAGCGCAUGACGAAGCAGGCCGUGCCGAGCGCGCUGGGCUCGCUCUACGGCCACGCCGAGGUCCAGAAGGUCAUGACCUACACGAGCGUCGACGUCCCCAACCGCUGGACCAACGCGACGGGCGGCACGUUCACGCUCGCGUUCGGCGACGUGGACGAGCCGCUCCCGGGCACGGUCGCGGCGACGCAGGGCCGGCAGUACCUGCGCACGUCCGUCGACCUGACGCCGCACCUCGGGCGCCGCGACGAAAUUAAAGUUUGCGCCGCGGCGGACGCGUGCCAGACGCUGACGGUCGCGGAGAACCGCGUCUUCAACAGCACGCACCUCUACGUGGACCAGGUCUACACCGGGGCGACGGCGAUCGGCGCGACGCUCUACCACCGCGACACGACGAUCCCGCUGGCCUGGGACGCGUCCGCGGCCGACGUCGAGGGCGCGCUCGACGCGCUCGCGAGCCUCGGCGACGUGCGCGUCUCGCGCGUCUUCGACGACGACUCGUCGGCCGACCCGGCCAACGCCAGCCCCGCCAACGGCCUCCAUGGGGCGGCGGCGACGGACCCGGCGCCGAACGCCGGCCGCGUCAACGGCUACGUCUGGGCCGUCACGUUCCUGACGGACGUCGGCGACCUGCCGCCGCUCGUGGCCAACGCCUUCGGGCUGCGCCUGAGCUCUGCGAUGGACGACAACCGGGGCGUCUCGGCCCCCUACCUGCAGGUGGUCGAGCAGUACAAGGGCGUCGUGCCGCACAACCACACGAACGUCACGGUCGCGGGCGACGCGACCGAGGUCACGAUGCUCUCGCUGACGACCGGCGCCGAGUACGGCUUCCGCGUGACGGCCCUCACGGACCAGGGCGCCGGCGCCGCCAGCCGCGUCGCGGCGGGCGUCCCCGCCGAGGAGCCGUCCGAGCUCCGGACGCUCGUCAAGCUGUCGCGGCACACGCAGGACCUGCUCCGCGUGCAGUACGCCCAGGACGCCGACGCGAACGGCGACGCCGUGACGGCGUACGUCGUCGAGUCGUCGCAGUCGGCGGCGUUCCCGAACGGCUCGACGCUCGUGCAGGAGUACGCCGUGGACUACACGGUCCAGCGCAUCGAGACGGACGCGCACACGCGGCCGUUCACGGCGGGCGCCCAGUUCUCGCUGUCGGUGGGCGACUUCGAGGGCUCGUGGGUCCUCUUCGACGAGGCCGAGACCAAGUGGUGGGGCCGCGGGCGGGACGCGCCGAACCGGACGCUCGUGAACGUGGACCACGGCGGGUCCGUCGUCACGCGGUCGCGGCCGGCGCCGGGCCUCGACGAGCGCCUCGACCUGUCCAAGUACUUCGCGCGCGGGGACUACCUGCGCGUGGGCGGCCAGGCCUUCAGCGUCUGCGUCGAGUCGGACCUGGUGGAGCACAACGUGACCGGCGGCGGCAAGCAGUCCCUGUCCUACCCGACGGAGGCCCUCAAGACCGACAGCACCGUCGACACGUACUACUACGCGGCCUACGGCCCGAAGACCCUGCCGCUGUGCCGGGCCGACGACCCGUGGACGCCCGCGUACUACGACGGCGGGCCGCGCGGCGACGACCUCCGCCAGGCGCCGCUCUACAAGCUCGACACGUCGCUCUCGGGCGCCGUGGGACCGGCCAUCGGCGACGCGGCCCUCGCGCCGCGCCGCGGCAACCGCGGCGGCGACGCCUCGAUCGACUGGCGCGCCUACGGCCUGAAGCGCGGCGACUACAUCCGCGUCGGCCACCCGCGCACGGGCGAGACCUUCCGCGUGUCGACGGACCCCGCCAAGGAGUUCUCCGACACGACGGUCCCGCUGGCGCAAGCCGACGACGCCAUGCUCGAGGCCGGCCUCACGGCCCAGGCGCUGCGGCACGCCGCCUACGAGGUGCAGGAGGUCCGCAUCUACUGCGACGCCAUGCAGCCGGCCCUCGGCGCCGGCUUCCCGGAGCACUGCAACCUCACCGCGGGGUCCGUCUCGGCCUCGGGCUUCCGCCUCAAGUUCGGCGACGAGACGACGGCGGCGACCGAGGCGGGCGGCGAGCCCGGCUGCAUGGUCUGGGACGACGACGCGACGGCCGUCGAGGCCGAGCUCGAGACGCUCGUGGGCAUCGACGACGUCGAGGUCACGCGCAUGGAGAUGAAGAAGGAGUACGGCGACGACUACUGGGGCGUCCGCUACCUCGUCACCUUCGUCGGCGACCUCGUGCGGGGCGACGUGCCCGAGCUCGCCGUCGUGUCGCUGGGGCGGGACGGCUGCCACGACGCCGAGGCCGAGGACGCCUCGUACGUCUUCGGCACGAACGCGACGGGGUCCGUCCAGACGCUCCAGACGUCGACGGUGCCCGUGUGGCGCGCGCAGACGACGGCGCCGCUGCCGUGGGACGCCGAGGCCGACGACGUCAAGUACGCGCUGGAGGCGCUCCAGCAGGUGUGCACCGUCGACGUCGAGCGCGUCGUCGAGACGGGCAGCAACGGCUACGCCUGGUACGUGACGUUCACGGCCGAGCUCGAGUCGCGCGACGACACGCGCUUCAUGUUCUCGCCGCUGCUGGGCCUGGGCGCGAACGAGGACGGGCUCGAGGCGGCGAUCCAACCGACAGUGACGGUGACGCCCGUGGCCGAGAAGCUCGUGCCGGCGCCCUCGGGCGGCGGCCCGACCUACGUCCGCGUGGCGGCCCGGAACGACUUCGGCGUCGGCGCCUACCGCACGACGUCGCCGGUCGGCCUGACGCCGCAGACCCAGAAGCCGGACCCGCCGGCGCUCGUGCGCGCCGAGGUCGUCUCGCCGACGGAGCUGCUCGUGGAGUGGGUCGGCCCGGAGAACGACGGCGGCGCGCCCGUCACGUCGUUCGAGGUCGAGUACGACCCGGCGCCGACCUUCGACUCGGGCGCGCAGGGCCACGCCGCGGGCUCGGUGCGCGUGUUCGCGUCGGACCGCCGCGGCGUGGCGGACGUGCAGUCGGUCACGGUCGCCGAGACGACGGGCGAGCGCUACCUGGGCGGCUUCUUCGCCCUCAGCUUCGACGGCCAGGACACGCAGGCGCUGCCGUACGACGCGUCGGCCGCCGCCGUCGAGGCGGCGCUCGAGGCGCUCUGCACGGUCGACGACGUCACGGUCACGCGGACGAUGCGCUGCUCGCCGGCGCCGGACGCGGCCACGGACUGCGUCGACCCGCAGGGCUACACGUGGCUCGUGACCUUCGACGCCGUGCAGUACCCGGGCGACCAGCACACGCGGUACGCGAGCCCCUACCAGGCCGUCGCGGGCCACAAGCUCUCCGUGGACGGCGUGAACCUCCUGAGCUGCGCGACCAAGGAGGGGCUGGGCAACGACCCGCUCGGCACGGACUGCCAGCGCGCCGCGGGCAACGUGUCCGCGGUCGCGACGCUGACGGGGUCGCGGCAGGAGGUGCAGACCUUCAUCUGCGACGCCAACGGCGGGCGGGCCGGCGGGUCGCAGAACUCGGACAGCUUCUCGCUCCAGGUGCGCGGCGACUACACCCAGACGCUGUACCUGCGCAAGCCCAGCAAGCUGACGUUCCCGGACACGUUCGCGUUCCGGGACGUCGGCGAGGGCACGGGCCUGGCGCUGCACCGCGGCCCCGUCGGCGAGUCGGACCGGACGCGGCUCCUCGGGAAGGACGGCGAGGAGGUCUACGCGCAGGUGUCGCUCGAGGAGGCCAUCGAGGCCGUCGCGGGCGACGUGACGCUCACGUGCGACGAGUGCCCGCGGACGGCGCGCUUCGACGGCGCGAACGUGACGUGGCUGCCCUGCUCGGGCCAGAACGUGACCGUCGAGUUCGGGAGCGCGCGCGGCGACGUGCCGCCCAUCUACGUCUCGACGAACCACUGGGCCGACGAGGUCGUCAAGGGCGUCGCGCAGGAGCGCGUGGGCCGCAUGACCUACCAGGCGCUCCUGACGGACGCGAUCUCGGACGGCAGCUCGUGGCACGUGCGCGUCAGCUCGUACACGUCCGCGGGCGCGGGCGAGGCCCGCGCCGCGACGGGCCUCGCGCCGCUCCAGCCGGCGGUGACGGCGCCCAUGGCCGUGCGGUCGGUCACGGCGACGCACACGGGCGACCACGAGGUCCUCGUCGGGUGGGACGAGCCGCUGAGCUCGGGCGGCGCGCCGAUCGACUCCUUCGUGCUCGAGUACGACACGUCGCCGUCGUUCGCCUCGCAGUGCGUCGAGGGCUACCGGCCGGGCACGAUGCUGGGCUACCUGAACUCGCUCUUCAAGUGCUACGACGUCGGGCCCCUCGGGCGCGUCGAGGUCUCGGCGGCGUCUGUGGAUAGGACGCUCGGCGACGUCGUGUACGCGUCGCCCGAGUCGACGGACGCGGCGCAGCGCUCGCGGCUCGUCCUGCCCGUGGGCGCGGCGGCGGACCUCGAAGCGGGCGACUUCAUCAACGUCGACGGGGCGCACUACCAGGUCAAGGCCGUCAACGGCGACGCGUUCUUCAAGUCGGCCGCGGGCGAGCGCGUGAACUGCCCGAGCGAGGGGACCUGCCUCGAGCUGACGGAGGACUACGCGGGGCGCGCCGUGAACGCGUCGCUGCCGUCGCUCCCCGUCUUCGGCUCGAAGGCCGUCGGCGCGCACUUCGCGCACGAGGUCGCGGACCUCAAGCCCGGCGUCCAGUACUACUUCCGCGUCGCGGCGCGGACGAAGCCGGCCUGGUCCGGCGACUGGCGCCGCAGCCACGUCGUCGCCUUCGAGGCGCGCGGCGACGACGAGUACCUCGUGGGCCCGUGGUCGUCGAACGUCGCGUCGGCGCUCUGCGCGGACGUGCCCGACGUCGUCGAGCGCGCCGCGCUGGGCACGGGCGUCACGGAGGGCGCCUGCGCCGACUCCGAGGCGUGCGCGGCCCUCGCGGCGCACUCCGUGCGCGUCGACUUCCGGCCGCCCGCGCUCGCGUACCCCGAGGGCAACAACGGCGCCGCGGUCACGCUCUACGAGGUCCAGCUCAGCGGCCGGCAGCCCGCGGUGCAGACCGUGACGCUGACGCCGGUGCUGGGCCCCGAGGCCUCGCUCGGCUCCGGGUCCUACCGGCUCGAGAGCGGCAACGCCACGACCGCGUGCGUCGCCGUCGACGCGCCGGCGGCGACGCUCGAGCUGCGCCUCGAGGAGCUGCCCUACGUGGACGGCGUGUCCGUGGCGAAGAGCAAGGACCCGGCGACGGGCGUCGUGAGCUACGCCGUGACCUACGACGGCGCCUACACGUCCAACAGCCACGUCGACGCGCUGUACGUGCGCCCCGCGGGCGCCUGCGCGGCGCCCUACGACCCGGCCCAGGUCGCCGUGGCGACGUCGGCGACGAGCGCGCGGCCGGCCUUCCAGCCCGGCGCCGUGCCCGAGGUCGCGACCAUCCGGACGGGCGCGCGCGUCUACCGCAAGGGCGGGCUCGAGUACCGCGGCCCCAUCAGCGGCAAGUUCGAGGUCGCCUGGGACUUCACGGGCGCGCCGGACCUGGCCCUCUGGGACCCGGCGCCCCAGAAGAUCGUGACGGCGUCCGUGCGGGCCGGGAGCACGCGCGUGACGGUGCCGGUCGAGUACAACCUCACGGGGCUGCUCAACCCGGGCGACCUCGUGCGGCUGGGCGACGAGGUCCACCGCGUCGCGCCGGGCCGCCCCUACCCGUCCGCCAACGCCUACAAGGGCCAGGGGCGGACGGGCCCGGGCGAGUCGUUCGACAUCGAGGACUACCACCUCGCCGGCUGCGCCGCGUGCGUCGUGUACGUCGAGCAGACGCGGCUCGGCUCGGGCUUCACGUCGAACGCGUCGUCGUGGUCCGGGCGCGUGCGCGACCGGGAGACGUCGCUCGUCUACGGGCGGGGCGGCAACGUCCGGUUCCCCGGCACCGAGGAGGCGCUCUACGGCUCGACGGGCCUCGCCGGCGUGCAGCGGCGGGGCCGCAACGCCUCGGCGUACCGCCGGCAGCACGUCCUCGUGCCGCACGACGCCUCGGCGCGCGAGAUGAAGGCCGCGCUCGAGUCGCUCCCGGGCCUCGGCUCCGUCGAGGUGAGCCGCUGGGGCCCGAACCCGACGAACGGCUACACCUGGUCCGUGACCUUCACGAGCCUCGACGGGGCGUCGCGGUGCCCCGACGCGCCCUGCCUCACGGCCUCGGCGCAGUCGGCCAACUACGUGACGCUGGGCGGGUGCGACGUCGAGCUGUACAACGGCGCCUACGUCGAGACGGGCCUGCUCGAGAACGGCCGCAGCGUCUUCGAGCAGAUCGGCACGCCCUUCUCGCUCCGCUUCAACGGCACGGGCUGGAUGCUCGCCUACCACGGCAACAGGACCCUGCACAACGACCGCAUCGGCGCGUGGAACCGCAAGGUCGCGGCCAAGUACCCGGCCUGGAACACGGCGCGGCGCGCCAUCGCGCCCGCCGACUCGCUGUCGAGCUUCUACUACCCGCUCUACGGCGAGCGCUUCGGCCACUCGGGCUGCGUCGUGGCGACGGUCGACGGCCCCGCGCGCGGCGGCGCGGAAAAGGACUGGCCCACGCUGGUCAGCGCGGUGCAGGACCCCACCGAGGCGACGGAGAAAACAAACUACCUCCGGAACUACACGUACGCCGAGGCCCGCGUCGAGCGCCGCGGCCUGUCGCCGUCGUUCGAGAACCCGACGUACGCGGCGACGGCGUCGGGCGGGACGGCGGAGGUGCAGUCCAUCUCGCUCACCGCGGCCAAGGACGACAUCGACGGCACCUUCACGCUGACGUUCGAGGACACGGCGGCCGUCGCCGGCACCGUCUUCCGGGCGUGGACGCCGGUCGUCGUCGAGUUCGACGCCACGGCGGAGGACCUCGCGACGCAGCUCGAGAACCUGGCCAGCGUCGGCCGCGUGAAGACGACGAAGACGACGCUGCCGAACGUCGAGAACGGCGCGACCUACGGCGCCGUCUGGACGGUAGAGUUCGCGUCGCAGCUCGGCAACGUGCCGCCGCUCAUCGCCGUGCCGGCCCUGACGGGCACCGGCGUCCGGCUGGCGGUGGAGACGGUCGCCGAGGGCGCGGACCCGGCGUACGCCGCGCUCGCGACGGGCCUCGAGGAGGGCAAGGCGUACUCGGCGCGCAUCCGCGCCGUGAACUCGGAGGGCGCGGGCCAGUGGACGAACGAGCCCCUGCGGGGGGCCAAGGGCGUGGAGGCGGCCGCCCAGGGCCAGGGCGCCGGCGUCGUGCCGUUCUCGUUCGCGGCGGCGAGCAUCCCGGGCCCCGUGCCCGACCUGGCGCUCGCGCCGGCGUCCGACUCGCGCGUCCGCGUGUCCUACGGCGAGGCCGACGCCCGGGGCCUGCCCGUGGAGGCCUACCUCGUCGAGUGGACGACGGCGUCGAGCUUCACCAGGUCCUCGGAGACGUGGACGCUCGAGGUCGAGGCCGGGCCCUGGGGCCUCGCCGACCUGCAGGGGCGGUGGUCCGUCUCGGUGGGGUCGUUCACGACGCACCCCAUGGGCCCGCUCGCGCCGGCGCACGUCGUGCAGGAGGCGCUCGGGGCCCUGCCGAACGUCGGCGCGACGCGCGUGACGCGGUCGGCGACGAAGAACGUCGCGACCUACACCGUCAAGCUGCUGCAGGACGUGGGCGACAUCGACGGCGUGGCGGUCAACGUGGGCGAGCUCCAGUCGAUCGACCACCCGCUCGACUGCAACAUCACCGGCGCCGUGCGCAACAACACGGCCGUCGGCGUCUCGUACCCGGCGAACUACGGCAGCCUCGUCGUCUACACCGACGCCGACGGCAACCGCGACGGGAGCUGGCGCGCCGACGGCGGGCCGGACGUCCCGCGCGGGCGCUGCGGCAGCCACUACGCCGGCCUGCUGGACUCGUGGGACGCGAUCCAGAUCCUGACCCUGGCGGCCGUGGACCCCCAGCAGGGCUACGCGGACGCCUGGGUCGACGCCGGGGGCUACAAACUGGAGCUGGGCGGCCACGAGACGGCGUGCAUCUCGUACAAGGCCUCGGCGGUCGAGCUCAAGGCCGCGCUCGAGGCGCUGCCCUUCGUGCCGGCCGGCUCCGUCCAGGUGCGCGCCACGGAGGCGCAGAACCGGACGGGCUUCCCCUUCGAGUACUCCAUCCUCUUCCGGGGCAGCUACGUCGACGGCGCGUGGCCCCAGCUGCGCGUCCCCGCCGAGUCCUUCGGCACGUCGUACGCGGCCACGGGCCUGGGCAUGGGCGGCUGCGCCGAGUUCAGCGUCAAGCAGACGGGCGACGCGACGCUGACGAAGUCGAACGUCACGGCGACGAUCGUGCCCAUCGGCUCGCACGAGACGUGCGCCGGCGGCAACGGCGACGUGCAGGUCGUCGUCGCCGAGGCGACGACGGCGCUCGGCGGCGCCCUCGACCUCUACUUCGCGGGCGAGGUCAUCCGGGGCUUCCCCGUCGCCGGCCACGCGCGCGACCUCGAGGCGCUGCUGAGCGAGCUCGUGCCGGGCGUCGAGGUGACGAAGCACGACCACGCCGACGCGCCCUACGGCGUCGCCUUCGCCGUGACCUUCCCGCCGGCCGCCGGCCGCGUCGACCAGCUCGCGGCGGGCGCGUCCAAGCUCACGGGCGGCGACGCGACGGCGAACGUCUACCCGGUCGUGAACGUGUCGACGAUGGCCGACGCGCGCGACAUGGCCGGCACGUUCCGGCUGUCGGUGGGCGGCCAGGAGACGGGCGACAUCCGCUGGGACGCGACGCACGGCAAGGUCCUCGCCGAGCUGCACGCGCUCGACGUCGUCGCGCGCGCGGCGAUGCUCGGCGCGGCCGACGGCGCGCUCUCGCUCCCGGUCUACCUGCCGAACGGCACGGCGGCCUACGCCGUGGCCUUCGGGGACGCGUCGACGGCCGUCGCGGCCGGCGACCCCCUGCGGCUGUCGAACGCCACGGACGCGUGGGACAACGACGCGGGGCCCACGCGCCUCAUCACGGACGUGACCUACUACCCGCGCAUCAAGGACCUGCACCGCUUCGUGCGGGGCAACCUGACGCUGGGCCUCGACCGCCUCAACGUCGCGGCGGCGGGCGGCGUCACGGUCUUCGGGCUCUCGACGCCCUUCGCGCCGUCGGACCUGUUCCGCGGCGACGUCCAGCUCCACCGCGUGCACCAGUACGACCUGAACGCGGGCGAGGCGCCGGCGAAGGACGUGCAGGGCCUCUACCAGGCCUUCAUCGGGUCGACGACGCGCUCGCGCGCCGCGCUGCCGGGCCGCGUGAGCUUCGCGCCCGCGACGACCGUGUGGCAGGCGUCGCCGACGGCGGCCCGGGUGAGCGGCGGCCUCGACUACUCGCGCGUGGUCUACCUCCACCCCGGCGGCCACGACCUGCUCAACGCGUCGGACGCCGCGGACGGGCCGGGCUCGGCGGUGAACGGCACGCGCAUCGUCGUCGACGGCCAGACGUACGCCGUGGAGGACGUCGACGCCUUCGGCUGCGGCGCCGACUGCCUGCUGCUCGACCGCAAGCUCCACGUCGACGUCGACGCGGGGACGCCGACCGUGAACGUCUUCCCGUACCUCGUGACGGCCGCGACGACGGCGGACCUCCGCGGCGCGCUGGCCGACGGCGACGACGUCUGGAUCGGCCGCCAGCGCUACGUGGCCCGGCGCGUCGACGCAGCGUCCCUCCUCCUCCGGGGCGCGUUCGACGUCGGCGCCGAGGGCGCGACGGCCUUCGGCUGGGCGAACGGCUACGAGUACUGCAUGGUCUUCAAGGACUUCGCGUCGCCGCUGGCCGCCGACCCGGGCGGCGCGCGCAAGCUCGACGCCAUCAACACGGUGCGGGCCACGGCGCAGAAGAACUGGCGCGGCACGGGCGCGCAGCUGCGCUACCGCCUGCCCUUCGGCGCGGCGCCGCGGGACGAGAUCCUGGGCGCGCCGGCCGAGGUCCAGACGGUCGCGCUGCGCUGCGCGUCCGCGGAGUGCGCCGCGAACCGGCAGGGCGUCCGCGGCAACUUCACGCUGAGCCUGGCGCACUCGGACCGGUACCUGGCGGACGGCGAGGCCGCGGCGACCGUGACCGAGCCCAUCGCCUGGGGCGCGUCCGAGGACGACGUGCGCGCCGCGCUCGAGAAGCUGAACGAGGUCGACCGCGUCGACGUCAAGCGGACGGGCCGCGGCGACGCCGCGUCCGAGUUCGGCUACGUGUACACGCUGACCUUCUGGGGCGGCCGCCACGCCGGCGCGACGGCCCUCGAGGUCGACGCGCAGUUCGUGCACGCGGACUGGGUCUCGGCCUGGGCGAGCUCGUCGAACCGGACGUCGAUCCACGUCGACACGGUGCGGAACGGCGUGGCGCCCGGCCGGCACCCGCCCCAGUACCUGGCCUUCUCGCCGGACCACGAGUACCGCUUCCGCGUCAGCGCGCGGAACGCGCUCGGCUUCGGCCCGCCGUCCGAGGAGCGGACGGUGACGCCCGGCCUGAGCGUGCCGUCGCGGCCGACGGCGGUCGUGCUGGGCGAGCACUACUCCGGGACGAGCCUGUCGCUGGCCUGGCGCCCGCCCCACCUCGACGGCGGCGCGACGGUCACGGCCUACCGCGUCGAGCUCGACGACAGCAGCGCCUUCGACGCGGCGUCGCCGGCGUACGUCGUCGACGAGGUCGCCUUCGUGCACGAGGUCCAGACGGUGACGACGCACUUCCGCGCGCCCGAGGCCGAGCGGCGCGGCACCUUCACGCUGAGCUGGGGCGGCCGCACGACCAAGGCCCUGAAGUACGACGUCGCGGCGGAGGACGUGGCCGACGCCGUGUCCAAGCUGACGGGCGUCUGGGACGUCGGCGUGCCGCCCGUGCGCGUCACGCGCUCGCGCGCGGCGCGCGGCUACACGUGGCGCGUCGUCUUCGUCGGCGUCUACGGCGACGUCGGCCCGCUGACGGCCGACGACACGUACCUCGUGGGCGACGACGCCCGCAUCGAGGUCGCCACGCUGCAGGACGGCGACUGCGACGUGCUGCCGGGCGGCUUCUCGUACGAGGUCCAGACCGUCUACCUCGCGUCGCUCUCGCCCGUCACGGGCUCCUUCACGCUCAACUUCGAGGGCCAGGAGACGGGGCCCAUCGCCGUGGGCGCGACGGCCGCCGAGGUGAAGGCGCGGCUCGAGGCCCUCGACACCAUCUUCGCGACGAACGUCCGCAUGGAGGACCUCGACACGAACCUGAACACGCGCGCGUGGACGGUCACGUUCACGCACCAGCGGCACACGCUGACGCAGGGCGCCGCCGACGCCAACCUCAUGGUCGGCACGACGAACUUCGGCGAGACGACGGCCGAGGUCCACGUCACGGAGCGCGUCGCGGGCAGCGACGCCUUCGCGUACGCGUUCUCGGGCCUGACGGCGGGCCGGGAGUACCACGCGCGCGUCACGGCCUACAACCGGGCGGGCUACGGGCCCGUCUCGGCCGAGGUCGCGGCCGUCCCGAAGACGCAGGCCUCGGCGCCGAACAAGGUCAGCGUCGCCGUCGGCUCCGGCACGUCGCUGAUCGCGCGCUGGUCCCCGCCGUCGGACGACGGCGGCGCCAAGAUCCAGGGCUACGAGGUCGAGUGGUACUCGGAGCCGGGCACGCCCGAGACGCAGGUCGUCACGCUCUCCGCGAGCGACGGCGUGACGGAGGUCCAGACGGUGACGACGGGCGCGGACGAGCUGGGCCUCAACGGCCACUUCACGCUGUCCAUCGGCGGCGAGACGACGGACCCGAUCCCCGUCGACGCGCCCGCCGAGGGCGCCGGCUCCGUGAAGGAGGCGCUGGAGCGGCUCGGGUCGUCGGGCGAGGUGCGCGUCACGCGACGCCUGUCCAUGCGGGCCCUGCGGGGCUACAAGGGCUACAUCGGGCACGGCGGGUGCACGAUCAAGCUGAACGAGGGCAACGGGAACGCGCUCGCCGCCGCGCUGGAGGACGAGGGCCGGAGCGUCAUCAUGCUGGCGGGCGAGGUCCUCCGCGUCGGCGAGUUCAAGAUGGGCACCACCACGAAGAUCGAGCUGCGCGUGCACAGCGAGACGGACCCCGACGUCGACGGCGCCGAGUGCGAGAGCACGGCGGACGACGCCGCCAGCGUGCUCAACUUCCGGGGCUCGGACAUCUCCGAGGACACGGGCGGCGCGCAGCUCUACCGCUGGGACCACGGCUACGAGUGGACGAUCGAGUUCGUGGGCUUCGUCGGGCCGCGGCCGCUCCUCGACGCGCGGGAGUCGGACCUCUGGGCGGGCACGGCGCCGACGCUGCGCGCGCAGCGCGUGCGGCCGGGCCAGGCGCCGCUGCGGGGCACCUUCCGCCUGGGCUUCGAGGGCCACACCACGGCGCCGCUCUCGUGCGAGGCCACGGCCGCCGAGGUCGAGGCCGCGCUCGAGGGCCUCACGACCAUCUCGAACGUGGACGUCGUCCGCACGGUCAACAACAACGGCUACAACUACGAGGUCAAGUUCUGGCACCCGCGCGGCGACGUGCCGCCCAUCUACCCGCUGGACGACAUGCUCACGGGCCCCGACGCCGCCGCGCGCGUGGCGACGUUCGAGCAGGGCACGACGCCGGCCGACUACGGCAGCGAGGUCGUCGCGGGCGCCGCCAUCAAGCACACCAUCGCCGGCCUGGACUCGGGCACGGGCUACUUCGUGCGCGUCGCGGCGAUCACCGACGAGGGCCGCGGCGCCUACACGGGCCCGGGCAUCGACGGCUCGGGCGACGGGUCGGAGGCGUGGUACGGCGAGUCCAUCGCCGAGGCGGGCAUGCUCGGCCAGGAGGGGCCCAUCGUCACGGGCGCGAUCGCGCCCGUCGAGGCGCCCUCGGUCCCGCGGACCGCGGAGCUGUACGCCCUCGAGCCGACGGCGCUGCGCGUCGCCUGGGCGCCGCCGGCGAGCGACGGCGGCCAGGCCGUCGUCCGCUACCUCGUGCAGUGGGACGUGUCGGAGGACUUCCGCAACAUCAAGACGUCGGGCUACGAGGCGAGCGUCGCGGCGACGCCGGGCGCGGAGACCGAGUGCUACGACAUCGAGAUCGCGGCCGUGUCCGCGUCGGUGCCCCGCUUCGUGCGCGUGGCGGCCUACAACGGCUACGACUACUCGCCGUUCGCCGCGACGAGCCCGAGCAGCGCCGUCGGCACGGUGCGGACGCCGGGGCCGCCCCGGGCGCCGACGCUGGACGUCACGUCGGGCGUGGGCCUCCAGGUCGAGUGGGGCGCGCCGUCGGCGACGCCGGGCUGCGAGUACGGCGGCGACGGCGGCGCGGCGAUCGCCGAGUACGCCGUCGAGUGGGACGUGCGCGACGACUUCUCGUCGCCGGCCGAGCGCGUCAUGGUGCCGGCCUCGGCGACGGCCUACCUCAUCGGCGGGCGGGACCCGCUGACGGGCGUCGAGAGCCGCGUGCUCGAGCGCGGCAAGACGUACUACGUGCGCGUCACGGCCUUCAACGCGGAGGGCGCGUCGCCGGCGGCGGCCACGGAGCCCGCGUACGCGACGACGCUCGACGGCGUGCCGGGCACGCCGCCGAGCGAGGCGAUCGCGCCGGCGGUCGACGCCGAGUCGAUCUACGCGGCCUGGUCCGUGCCGCCCAAGGACGGCGGCGCGACGAUCGACGCGUUCCGCGUCGAGUUCGACGCCGACGAGGCCUUCGGCACGCCCGACGUCGCGCUGGCGCCGGUCGUGUCCGAGUACCAGCUCGUCGGGCUGGACGCGGACGUGCACUCCGAGGUCCAGUCCGUGCGCGGCAGCGUCUGGGUGCAGAACGAGGUCCAGACCGUGCGCACGAACAUCGACGGCAUCGACGAGAUCCAGACCAUCACGACGUCCGCCGACGAGGUGACGCCGGAGGUCCAGACGGUGACGACGACGGCGAACGACGUCGACGAGGUCCAGACGCUGACGCUGGCCGCCACGUUCCAGGACGAGGUCCAGAUCGUCCGGUCGACGGUCGCGUCCGUCCCCGAGAAGCAGCGCAUCACCUACGCCGUGAAGCGCGUCGACGAGGUCCAGACCUUUGGGUUCUACCUCCUCGACUGCAACACGAACCAGGGCACCGUGGCCGCGACCAAGGCCGCGCUCGAGGCGCAGCUCGCCAACGUGCCGGCGCUGGAAAAAAUCAGCGUCAAGUUCGACAUCGCGGACUGCGGCAGCGCCGAGGGCGUCAACUUCUGCCAGCGCGGUGUCGACGAGGACAUGCCGUCGCUCGGCACGCUGUCCUGCGACGCGGACCCGGCCAACGACUGCGUCGCCAAGGAAUUUAAUUUAUUCGAUUCGGGGGCGCUCAUCGGCCAGGACAAGAUGGAGGAGCACCUGAACGGCAUGACGAUCAACGGCGUGAAGUUCAUCGAGGACGCCCAGGGGCCGCAGACGCCCGGCGCCACGGGCGACGAGGGCUACCGCGGCUUCAACGUGACGCUCACGAAGGAGUUCGUCGGCGGCCAAAACGAUAUUGGCGGCGUCUACAAGGUCGAGUACCGCGUCGAGUUCACGGGCGGCCACCUGCGCGGCAACGUGCCCGCCCUGGUCGUCAGCUCGAAGGAGCCGACCACCGUCCACGUGACCGGCGGCUACGAGGCCAACGACGGCACGGGCGCGACCACUGGCGCAUAUCCGUUGGGCGCCGGCAUCGUCGGCACCCUCGCGACGUGCUGCGACGCGUCGUGCUCGCCGAGCUGCCCCGAGGACAUCGGGGCCCUGUACCUCGACAAGCAGGACGCGUUCACGGUGCAGGAGGGCGCGCAGCCCGACGGCUCCAUCAAGCUCUCGUACGAGUGCGAGGCCCGGACGCAGAAGCUCGACGUCGUGAACCUCGUCGCGGGGUCCGACUCGGCGAAGCUUUGGGGCCUGCGGGACGACAUCUACGUCGGGGACUGGAUCCGCGUCGGCGGCGCGACGGACGCCUACGUGCAGAUCGACGCGAUCUUCGACCGCGACGAGCUGGCCUACCCCUACGCGAACGUCAGCCUGUCCGCGCCGUGGACCGGGUCCACGGCCGACGCCACGGACGCGGAGGUCGGCACGUUCUACAGCGACCCCACGCUGGCCUCCGGCGUGUCGCAGGCGUGCUCCGUCGACCGCGUCCGCGAGACGUCGGUGAUCCCCGUGGACUCGUCGGCGGCGACGUUCUCGUCGUCGCUGCGCGCGGUGCCGACGAUCGAGUCGGCCGCGAACCUCCUCGCGGUCUCCGACCCCGGGGCGGUGUGGAUGAACAAGACGCACGUCGGCCUCGAGGUCGAGGUCACGUUCCUCGGCCAGCCCGGCGACCUGAAGCCCAUGCGCUGCGACACGGCGUUCAUGUCGUCGUCGUCGGCGGGCCAGCCGGCGUCGGCCCUGAUCUGCAACGUCACGACGCUGCAGGACGGCUCGCUGGCCGACGGCGACUUCGCGCUCUCGACGCGGUUCCCGAACGAGCGCGUGAAGAAGCCCAAGCUCUACAACACGACGGCCAUUCGCUGGAACGAGGAGGCCGCGCGGCUCGAGAAGAUCCUCGAGCGGGUGCAGGCCGACGACGGCGCCUCCAAGGCCUUCGGGCUCGUCGACGUCGCGCGGACGCCCUACGUCCCGUCGACGGAGACGCGCUGGGCCGGCGGCUACGCCUGGACGGUCACGUUCCUGAGCGCCGUCGGCAACGUGCCGCAGAUGGGCGUCGAGGCGAACACGACUGUCACCUACGGCACGUCCGGCCUCGGCCUCAACCCGCUCGCGCCGCCGCACCCGGACGUCGGGAAGAGCGCCGUGGUCGUCGAGGUCGAGGACGAGAACUCGGGCGCGGCGGACACGUUCCAGGGCGUCUCGGACUCGUUCACCUUCGCGCAGGACUCGACGGGCGAGGCGCGCGACGGCGGCCAGGUCGGCGGCACGUACGGCCUGUGCCUCGGCGACCUCUGCUCGGCGCAGAACAACCUGCCGGUGAUCAACACGUCGCACUACACGGCGCUGACGGCCGCCGAGUUCAAGGAGCUCUUCGAGGCCGAGCUGUUCGCCGGGCGCGACGUCGUCGACGUCGCGCGGUCGGGGUCGCCGAACCGCGCCGCGGGCUACUCCUACUCGAUCACGUACCGGUCGGCGGAGGUCGGCGGCGACGUGCCGCUCCUGACGGCGACGUCCACGCUCCUCCAGGGCCCGGGCGCCGCGGCGACGGCGGUCACGGACCUCGAGGGCGCGCAGCUCUACGGCUCGUUCCAGCUCCGCUUCGGCGGCUACACGACGGGCAUGCUGGCGACGGACGCCUCGGCCCAGGACGUCGAGAACCAGCUCAACAUGCUCUCGUCCAUCAGCCCGUCCAAGGUCAAGGUGUCGCGCUCGGGCCCGAUGACGACGGGGCCCGACCUGAGCGGCGGCACGCAGGUGGGCGGCUACGUCUGGUCCAUCACCUUCGACUCGGCGUCGUGGCGCGACCCGACCGUGGUCCACGCCGACGACGGCUCCAUGGCGGGCAACUGGGUCGGCGAGGCCACGACGUGGACGGACACGUGGGCGACGGGCGUCAGCAAGGAGUGGGGCAAGAACUGCGGCGACAUGCCCCCGAUCUCCUGCGUCGACAGCGGCAUGUACUCGUCGUCGGGCGCGCUCCCGGCCGACGCGUGCAGCGUCGCCGAGUACGUCAAGGGCACGGAGCCCCUCGGCGGGUCCUUCCGCGUCACGCUGGACACGACGGGCCACGACAUCAUCAACAUGCGCGGCAGCUACACGUCGGACCCGAUCCGGCACAACGCGCAGGCCGGCGUCCUCGAGAGCGGCGGCGACGGCACGAGCGUCGAGGAGAUCCUCGAGAAGAUGCCCAACGUCGGCGACGUGCUCGUGACGCGGUCGCCCGUCAACGAGGGCGCCAACAACGGCGGCCACACGUGGACCGUGACCUUCCUGCGCGACGCGGGCGCGAGCGGCGAGGGCCGCUUCGGCGACUGCGAGCAGCGCGACACCGUCGAGGACCGGUGCAACAGCCCCGGCGACGUGCCCAAGUUCGGCGGCUUCGACGCGUCGGAGCUCGCGGGCGACUGCAGCGCCGGGAGCGGCGGCGCGGCCUACGACUGCCAGAAGGUCACGCUCCUGGACGUGGCCGACAAGUGGACCGCGCCGCCCGGCCGCGACGAGGUGCAGUCCUUCGCGGUGCGGGACCCCGAGUACGCCGGCUGGGGCUCGAACGCGUCGAGCUACCACGCCGCCAAGGCCUGGACGGACCGCGACGACUUCGCGCGCGCGUCCUACCGCAUCGGCUUCGCGGGCGAGUUCUUCGAGGACUGCCUGCCCUACGACGCGACGGACGCCCAGGUGCGGCACGCGCUCGCCCGGAUCGGCAAGGCGUCCGCGCGCGCCUUCGUGCGGCGGGCGCUGGCGAACGUGUCGGUGUCGCGCCACUUCUCGGAGACGGAGGCGCCCAACGCCUGGCAGUACCGCGUGUCGUUCCGGGGCGCGGGCGACGUCGCGCCGCCCGAGUCCGCGGACGGCCUGCAGUUCAACUACACGGCCAAGGGCUCCGGCGCGAACGCCGACCGGUUCCGGCACUACCAGAAGGGCGGCUGCAACCCCUUCGAGACGGACCUGCAGAACGUGACGGCGCGGACGGAGGUCGACGGCCGCACGAACCCGAACAACUGCACCUUCUCGGGGUGCGUCGACGGCGUCGUGACGCGCGGCAACCUGACGCGCUUCCACGUCGGCGGCGACGACCCGAAGGGGUCCCUCUCGGCCCUGGGCGACGACCCCCUCGGCGCGAGCCAGCUCCAGUGGAACGCGCCGGGCGAGGGCGCCGGCUCCGUCAAGCAGUGGCUCGAGACGACGUCGCUGGGCCGCCGCGUCGUGAACGUCUCGCGCGAGGUCUACGGCCGGCACGGCGUCGUCGAGUGGCGCGUGACCUUCGUCUACAACCACGAGCAGGUGCCGCCCGGGUCGGGCGACGUCGUGGACCUGAACGUGACGCAGGACCCGGCCACGAACGGCGUCGUGUACGUGCCGACGGUCUGGGAGACGACCAAGGGCAGCGAGGGCAUGUCCGGCGCCUUCGAGAUCGACUUCGAGGCGCCGUUCGGCGCGCGCAGCGUCGCGUACAACGAGUCCGCCAAGCGGUUCGAGCGCAAGCUCGAGGAGAUGCUGACCGUGGGCGGCGUCGCCGUGGAGCGGCUGUCCUACCCCUCGGCCGCGUCGGGCGGCUGGGGCGCCGUCGCCGUCGCCCCCGAGGGCGAGCGCGGCGGCCUCGAGUGGCGCGUCAAGUUCACCAAGAACCCGGGCGCGUACCGCGGCUUCACGUUCCCGCCGGGCGCGGGCAACCUGGACUCGAUCACGGUCGACGGCCACGGCCUCCAGGGCAACGUGCCCCAGGUCGUGAACACGGUGCUGCGGUCCGGCUCGACGCCCUUCGCGGGCGCGUUCGCGCUCGGCGUCCGCGGCGCGUGGUCCGAGCCCAUGGAGUGGCAGGAGGCGCACGACGAGAUGGAGUACGUGCUCGAGCAGAUGGACACCGUCGGCGAGCUGCGCGUCGCGCGGUCGGACGUCGCGCUGCAGCGCGUCGAGGGCGUCUGGGCGACCGUCGACCGGGACGGCGCGACGGCGUCGCUGCGGUACGACGGGACCUUCGGCGCGGGCGGGACGCUGGAGACGGUGCUGGCGGACGCGCUCAACCCGGGCGAGGUCUUCCGGCUCGGCGGCGACCGGGGCGGCUUCGCGGCGCGGGGCGCGGCCGCCGACGGCGCCACGCGGCUGGGCAGCCUGCUGGCCUACAAGGAGGACUCGCCGGUCGUGGGCACGCCCCAGGCGUCGCUGGUGCGGACGGCGCCCACGGGCGCGUUCGUCCGCGUCGGCGGCGAGACGCACGAGGUGAUCCGCUCCGGCGCCGAGGUGCAGCGCCUCUACGUGGCCGCGGACGUGACGCCGGACCACGUCAACGCGUCGCUGGACCUCUUCCGGCUGCGCAUGAUGUACUCGGGCUCGGCGCAGACGACGGACUGCCUCAAGUUCGGCGCGUCGGCGGCGGACGUCGCGGCGGCGCUGAACGGCUUCGACGCGCUGAGCGGCGGCGUCGAGGUGUCGCGGUCGGGCCGCGGCGCGCACGGCGACGCGUUCCUCUACUCGAUCUACUUCGGGACGGGCUACUCGGGCGUCGGCGUCGGCGACGUGCCGCAGCUCGAGCUCAUCUCGUCGACGUGCAACCGCCUCUGGCCCGUGGGCUUCAAGCAGGGCCACAAGGACUGGGGCAACAGGCAGCAGCCCGGGUCGAACUUCACGGGCCUCGACAUCGGCGUCCAGACGGUCGUCCAGGGCGGCGUGACCGAGCGGCAGGAGAUCGCGCUGGCCCUGGACGGGGGCGCGCUGUCCGGCGCGUACUUCCGCCUGAGGUACGGCCGCUUCACGACGCCCUGCCUCGACUGGGGCGCCGACGGCGCCGCGGUCGAGGCCGCGCUGAACGCGCUGCCGUCGCUGACGGACCACAAGCUCGACGUCACGGUGGACCUGCGGCCCAUCAACCGGGACGCCGACGACCCGCCCAACCACUACGCGGGCACGCUCCUCUUCGCCUCGAACGCGUCGCGCUUCUGGCGCCGCGACGAGUUCGACGACCACGUCGACCGGCGGCCGCGCUUCGACGGCAAGGUCUUCCCCGGGGACCGCGUCCGGGUGAACGGCACGGACGGCGUCUUCACCGUCGCCGAGGUCCUGUACCAGGGCCUGGCCCUCCGCCUGACCGAGGACAUCUCCGCCAAGGUCCACUUCUCGGUCGACGACGUCGAGCUCUUCAAGGUCGAGCACGCGGUGUCCGUGCGCAAGUCGGGGCUGGGCGUCGCGACGCUGGGCCGGACGGAGGUCCAGGUCGUCGCCGACGACGUCUACUACGCGGACGCCAACACCGAGGGCCUCUUCAAGCUCCGCGUCACGCACGAGGGCGAGUUCCGGGAGACGGCGUGCAUCGCCUACGGCGCGUCGGCGGCGGCCGUCGAGGCGGCGUUCGACGCGCUGGCCUUCGACUUCAACAACGACGGCGUGGCCAACGACGCGGGCCACGUCGCCGUGGCGCGCGAGGGCGACGGCGAGGGGCGGUACGGCCACGGCUACGCCUACGUCUUCACCUUCCGCGGCCCGGACAACACGCGCGCGGCCUCGGGCUACGGCGGCGCCACGUCCAGCGUCCUCGGCGCGAACGCGCCGCAGAUCGAGGUCGUGGCCGUCGGCUCCGAGGCGGGCUGCCAGGACGCGGCGGGCCCGGAGCAGCUCCUGGCGGCGACGGCCACGACGGUGCACAACUCGACGACGGUCGAGCUCUCCGCGGACGUCGCGAAGUUCCUCGCGCCCGGCGACCGCGUCCGCAUCGGCGGGUCGGUCGACGCGUUCCGCCUCUACACGGUCGCGGCGACGGCGACGCACGGCACGGCCGCCCAGCUCGAGCUGGAGCGGGCCGUGGACUGCGACGCGACCGGCGGCGUCAUCCGGCCGUCCGACGGCUGCGGCGCCGGGAAGAAGCUCUGGAAGUCGCUGGCCGGCGCGCCGGCGUUCGCCGUCAAGACCGUCACGCGGGGCCGCGACGUCUACGCCUACGAGGUGGCCUUCGUCGGCCCGCACCUCGCGAACGCGGACCAGCUGGAGAUCGUCGACGAGGCGUCGGGCCAGUGCGCGGCCUCGUGGGCCCACGUCGGCGGCCGCGCGCGCGACGCGCGCGUCACCACGACGCGCGAGGGCGGCUCGCGGUCCGUGCAGCUGCUCACGCUGGCGGCCGAGGCCGAGACGGACAAGCCCGCGACGGGCCGCUACUUCUCGCUCUUCCUCAACCACCUCACGCACGUCACGGCGAACACGGUCGGCGCGCAGCAGAACUACUACGGCGGCUCCUGCUUCGAGUGGGGCGUCCCGGCGGAGGUGCUCGAGGAGCGCAUCCAGGACGCGCUGAACAUGACCUACCGCAACCUCACGGUGGCGCACCCGCAGAUCACCGUGGCGCGCAGCGGCUUCGGCGACGGGAGCACGGCCUGGGGCUACACCUACGAGCUGGACUACGUGGGCGACCUCAUGUCCGGCGACCUGCCCGCGGUCUUCGCCGUGCACAACGGCAUGACCCUGCAGGAGAAGACGGUCUACUACAACGCCCGGGGCAACGCCGCGGGCCUCGACGACGCCGAGUUCGAGGUCUACGACUCGAGCCGCGUGCCGGCGGUGGCGACCUACCUGCUGGAGAUCACGGCCCCGGCGGUCUACGACGUGAACGGCACGCUGCUGAAGAACGACACCUACGUCUUCAGCCGCAUGGUCGAGGGCGAGGGCCGGAAGACGUACGCGGCGCAGCUGGCCCGGACGGCCUGGGUGCCCAUCGAGCGCUCGGAGCAUCCCUCGAACCCCGGGGUCUUCGACGAGGACGGCGUCUACUUCCGCUUCCGCAGCGGCGUCGGCCACGCCGUCGGCGACACGUGGGUCGUCCAGCUCUACGCGUGCGGCGACACGCUCAAGCCCGGCGCGUCCGUGGCCGGGUCCAUGAAGGCGCGGGGCGGCGCCGACCCGCUGGAGCUGACGCUGGGCUCCAAGGUCCUGCUCGAGGGCGAGGGCCACGCGGACGGCUUCCUCGUGCCGCAGUACUUCGCGGUGCGCGAGCCCGAGGUCGCGGUCCAGACCAUCACGGUCAAGGACGCGGACGGCGGCGGCUGGGCCAAGGGCGGGACGCCGGCCUACCGCGUCUCGAUCGGCGCCGCGGGGCUGGGCGCCCGCGCGCAGCGCGAGCUGCCCUACGGCAACACGUCGGCGUGCCUCGCGUGGAACGCGCGCGACGCCGACGUCGAGCUCGAGCUCAACUACCUCAUCGAGCACCACCUCGGCGUGGCCGGCGCCACGACGGUGACGCGGUCGACGGACGCCAUCGAGGCGCCCAACGGCUUCGUCUACUCGAUCUACUUCGACGGCCUCGUGGGCGUCAUGGACGCGCCGCGCGUCGAGGUGAACAUGAGCGACUGCGCGUCGCCGUGGUCGCGCAACUUCGCCAUGGACCGCGCCGGCGACGGCGCCGAGACCGUGAGCACGGCCGUCGUGCGCGCGGGCGCCGGCCACCGCACGGACGCGUUCCUCCCGGCCCAGCUCCCGCUGGGCCGGCCGGACGACGCGUUCCGGCCCGGGGCCUACCGCGGCGCCAACGGCACCGAGCUGGGCGUCUACAAGGUCAGCGGCUUCUACGUGUCGGUCGCGUUCGACGAGGCGCUCGGCGACCAGCCGCCCAUGAGCGUCGACGCGACGCAGCUCGCGGACGGCGUGCGCGCGACGGUCGUGGACGACGUGGUCCAGGGCUCCGCCGCGACGGGCAUCACCCUGGGCGGCCUCAAGACGGGCGUGCCGUACUCGGUGCGCGUCGCCGCGCGCAACGCGCUGGGCUACGGCAACUUCAGCGCGCCGGCCGCCGUCGGCGCGCCGGCCGCGCCGCCGCCGAAGCUGGUCGGCCUGGCGCUGGCGACGGCGGAGCACACCGACGAGGUCCAGGCGCUCACGCUCGCGGCGACGCACGUCGACGAGGUCCAGGUCUUCACGGCGACGGCCGACGAGAUCUUCGAGACGCAGGAGGUGACCAUCGAGGCGGCCUACGGCCAGGUCGUGGCCGGGAACUUCUCGGUCUACUUCCCGGACGCGGACGUCGUGGCCUUCGAGGCCCUCGCGACGGUCACGCGCGGCGCGUGGGCCCUGAACCUCACGCUGCCGCGCGCCAACAACGACAAGGGGCCCAUGAUCUACGACAACUUCACGACGGCCUGCAUCCCCUGGAACGCGCCGGCCGAGGACGUCGCGGCCGCCAUCGUCGCGACGGGCUUCGCGGCGUCGGCCGACGACGUCGCGGUCGCGCGGAGCGGCACGGGCGCCGCGUCGUCGAACUACGGCUACUCCUGGACCAUCUCCUACGACGGCUUCCAGGGGAAGAUCCCCCCGCCGCGCGCGCACCUCUGCGCCGCCGAGGUCUACGGCUACGCCGGCAAGGCCGCGGGCGCGAACGUGACGGUCGCGCCGGCGCCGGACCGCUACGGCGUGCGCGGCCUCGGCACCCACACGGCCAAGGCGACGAUCGUGGUCGGCGCCACGGCCAAGAUCGUCGAGGGCGCCUUCCGCGUCACCGUCGACCGCGGCGGCCCGAACACGGGCGGCCGCUUCGCGCGGAACUCGACGUGCCUGGCCUGGGACGCCUCCGCGGAGGACGUGCAGGAGGCCCUGAUCUCCAUGCGCAUGUUCGACUCGGUGCGCGUCGUGCGGCGGGGCGACGCGUCGGCCGCGAGCCACUACGGCUACGCGUUCGACGUCUACUUCGACGGCUACGGCCUGCGCGCCGAGCCGCCGGACCGGUACGGCCUGAACGCGUCGUACGUCGAGGUGGGCGCCGUGACGGGCGACACCGCGUGCACCGACCUCUUCGCGACCGAGGUCUACGGCGUGCUGACGCCGUUCGGGUGGCGCGACGGCGUCGACGCCUUCCUGAACGUGACGAACCCGGACCGGGGCGGCUUCGACCUCCGGGCGGCGGACGACUCGCCGGUCACGGUGCGGCAGCUCAAGCGCGAGUUCGAGAAGCUGCCGGUGAUCGGCGACGUGCAGGUCGCCGUCGAGAUCACGGACACGGGCAAGGGCCUCACGUGGACGCUGACGUACCGGGACCCGCCCGGCGACCUGCCCACGCUGGCCUGCCGCGGCGACGCGGCCUUCGUCGCGUCGGCGGCGUCGUGCGCCGUGUCGACGGUCAUCGACGGCAACUCGAUCGCCGGCGCGAUGACCGUCGCGGCGUCGCAGCCCAUCGCGUCCGACGCCUCCGCGGCGCAGUUCGCGGCGGCGCUCUCCCUGACGGACGCCGGGUCCGUCGCCGUGACGCGGUCGGGCCCGGACGCGCAGGACGGCUACGCGUGGACCGUGACGUUCCUCGACCGCGCCGGCGACGUGCCGCCGCUCGAGGUCGUGAGCUCGCUGACCGGGUCCGGCGCGGCCGUCGCCGUGACGACGGUCCGGGACGGCAACGUCCUCGGCGGCGAGUACUCGCUCGAGACCGUCGACGGCUACUCGACGACGACGCUCCCGCACGACGCGGCGGCCGCCGACGUCGCGGCGGCGCUCGAGGCCAUCGGGGCCGUGGGGUCGGUGGAGGUCUCGGACCGCGACGACGCGUCCUCCGAGGGCGGCAAGUCCUUCCUGAUCACGUUCACGACCGCGCGCGGCGACGUGCCCGAGCUGCGGCCGGUCGGGGCGCGGCUCACGGGCGCCGGCGCGGCGAUCCACGUCGCCGAGGUCCUCAAGGGCUCGGAGGCGCGCGGCGACGCCAUCUCGAUCUCGUACGACGUGCCGCGCGAGUGCUCGGAGAGCCAGGUGACGCGCGGCGCGUGCGGCGCCUCCGUCGACAAGGUCGAGCUGCAGACGUCGUCGACGGCCUCCUUCGAGGCCGACGUGACGGAGUACGACAUGCCGGCCGACUACACGCGGCAGAUGGUCCGCAUCGCGUCGGGCGCCUUCGAGGCGCGCGGCUUCGAGACGCCGGCCGUCGCGGGCCACUUCCGCCUCGGCUACGGCGGCGCCACGACGCCGCUGCUCGGCGCCGACGCGACGGCGCGGGCCGUGCGCCACGCGCUCGAGGCCCUGCCGGGCGUCGGCGCGCUGGCGGUCGAGCGCACGUACGCGGCGCGCGUCGACGCGCUCGCGACGUGCCGGGGCGAGACGGGCCACCCCGUGCUGACCUGCCCCGGGCUGACGGCGGAGGACGCGCCGCAGGCGUCCGACCUGAUCACGGUCGGCGGCGCCUGGUACUCGGUGGCGGACAGCUACGACGCCGCCGGCGCGCCGACGGCGCUCCACCUCGCCGAGGCCCACUCGUCGGCGGUGGACACGUCGUACCAGGGCGCGAGCGGCGACGAGCUCGCCGUGCGCGGCUGGGCCGGCGGCUACGAGUACGAGGUGCGGUUCCUCGGCAACGGGGCGCCGCGCCCGAUCUCGAGCCCCGAGCACGCGCUCGUGCCGGUCGACGCGUCGGUCGGCGUGCGGCCGGCGGGCUGCGCCGCGUGCCUCUACGCGACGGGCUUCCCCUCCUUCGGCACCGUGUACGUCCGCGGCCGCGCGGUGAACCCGCUGGGCCCCGGGCCCUGGUCGGACGUCGCCGAGGCGACGCCGCAGCGCGUGCCGGACGCCGUCGGGAGCUUCUCCCUCGAGGUCCUCUCGGGGUCGGAGAUCCGCGUCUUCUGGUCGCCGCCGCCCACCGCCUCCGGCACCAUCGUGGGGUACACGCUGCACUGGGACACGGCCGACACGUUCGACGCCGCCGAGGGCGACGCGGCGCACUGCGACACGGCCGAGUUCGGCAGCUGCCUGAUCCAGGGCGCGCCCAUCGCGGGGACGCCGCCCUACGACUCGGUGGUCGCGCGCCUCGUGGUGAACACGACGUACUACUUCCGCAUCGCGGCGCGGAACGAGCUCUACGACCCGCUCGCCGAGGUCGACACCGUGCGGUGGUCCGAGACCAUCUCCGGCGUGACGGCGGACCAGGUGCCCCUGGCGCCCACCGGGGCGCGGCUGGCGCUGGCCGGCCGGGACAAGCUCCAGCUCCGGUUCGCCCUCCCCGUGAGCGACGGCGGCUCGAACCUGACGCACUUCCUGGUCGAGUACGACACGUCGCUCAGCUUCGGCACGAACCUGCGGCGCGUGAACGUCACCGCGGCGGCGGCGGCGGAGAACGUGCUCCACGAGGGCGGCCCCGCCGUGACGUACCUGACGGGCCUCGAGAGCGGCGUGGUCUACUACGCGCGCGUCGCCGCGGUGAACGAGGUGGGCCCGUCGCCGUGGGGCGUGGCGGCGGACCCGACGGCGCCGGCCGCCGCGCCGGACGCCUGCGACGCCCUCGCGGUGUCGACGGCGCUGACGCGGAGCGGCGCGCCGAUCACCGAGCUCGACGUCUCGUGGCUCGCCCCGGGCAACGCGACGAACUCGAGCCUCGCGGGCGACAACGGCAGCCCGAUCACGGGCUACCUCGUCGAGUGGUUCACGGCCGAGACGGUCUGCGAGGAGCAGCAGAUCCGCGCGACGUGGGCGGCGGGCACGACGCCCGACUCCGAGAGCGGCUUCGUCGUGCAGUUCUCCAACGGGCGGUCGGCGACGACCCACGGCGUCACGACCGCAAAGCUGAACUACAACGCCGCCGCGUCGCGCCUCCGGUCGGCGCUCGUCAACCUCGGCCACGCCACGGACGCGCCCUUCGACCACGAGUACGUCGCGGGCGACGUGCGCGUGACGCGGGCGAGCACGAACAACUACCACGGCUACGCCUGGACCGUGACCUUCGCGGACUGCGCGCCGGGCGGCCUGAACGAGGGCGACCUCGUGCCCAUCAACAUCCCCGAGGCGAGCAUCGGCGACGACCUCGAGGUCGAGGUCUCCGAGGUGCGCCCGGGCGCGCGGUCCGGCGGCCGCGCCGAGGUCCAGGUCCUGCGCAUCUACGGCGACGUCGACGCCUCGACGAACGAGACGCAGCCCGUGCGCGGCUUCUUCCGGCUCGGCUUCGACGGCUCGGCCUACUCGCCCUACGUCAGCGCGCGGGCGACGGCCGCGGAGCUCGCGGAGGCGCUGGAGCUGCUCCCGACGGUGAAGCAGGUCGCGGUCUCCGAGCGGCCGUACGCGCCGAGCGCGGGCGAGCGCGGCGUCGAGUACAGCAUCACGUUCGCGACGCACGUCGGCGACCAGCCGACGCUCUUCAAGGACGCGCAGUACCUCUACCACCCGGCGCUGGGCGGCGCGGCGGACUCGUCGAUCACGGGCGCGGAGAACGCCGUCGACGACGUGACGGGCCUCAAGGCCGACGACUCGGUCGUCGGCGAGGCGCCCGCGCGCUACGGCUCCGCCCUCGUCGACGCCGACGCGCUGGCGUACACGAUCACGGACCUCGAGCCGGGCGUCGCGUACUCGGUGCGCGUCGCGGCCGUCAACGCGUUCGGCGCGGGCCCCGCGCGGACCGCCGCCCCCACGGAGGUCCCGCAGCAGAUCGCCGACCCGCCGACCGACGUGUCCGUCGGCGUCAACCCGGGCGACGCCGACUCGCUGACCAUCAGCUUCGGCGAGCCCGAGUCGGACGGCGGCGCGACCGUCACGCACUACCGCGUCGAGCUGGACCCCACGGACACGUUCGACGACCCGAUCCGGGAGGACUUCUACUGCCCGACGGCCAACAAGCCGACGGUGUGGAAGGUCGCGUCGGAGGGCGUCGGCGCGACGUCGCCCAUCGUCGGCGGCACGUUCCAGCUCCAGGUGUCCAAGGCGGCCGUGGCCUACACGACGGACCCGAUCCCCUACGACGCCGUCGCGCUGUCGAGCGACGAGAUCUACGCGUCGGAGCGGCUCUGCACGGCCGGGUCGCUGGAAUGCCGGACGUUCAGCGUCGCGAACAACUCGGCCCGCGUGACGGCGUCGGGCUCGCUCGCCGGCAUCCUCUUCGACGGCGACCUCGUGACCUUCGCGGAGCAGAAGUGGGGCGGCCAGGUGUACCGGGCCAAGUUCCCCACGCAGUGGAUGCAGGGCGGGGCCAUCGACGCCGAGAGCGCCUGGUUCAACCUCACCGACCGGGACACCGGCAACGACGUCCCCUUCAUCGGCACGACGAAGGGCAACGCGGCGCUGACGCGCGUGCACGGCGGCCGCGGCACGGAGACGACGUCGGAGAUCUUCUGCGAGACCGACGGGGCCUACUGCGCGCCGGGCGGGCGGCUCGGCGCGUCCGGCUCGGUCGAGGCGAAGCUCGAGGCGCUGGACGAGCUGCUCGACCUCGGCGUCGACGUGGCCCGGUACGGCCCCGACGACGCGGGCGGCUACGAGUGGUACGUCACCUUCCUGGACGCCGCGCCCGAGAGCGCGGCGAACGACUUCGUCGUGUCGAUCAACGACAACUCCCUGCGCGACGCGAACGGCACGGUCGGCAGCUCCGGCGGCCGGUACGCGCCCCGGCUCACCGCGACGCUCGUGCAGUCGGGCGACACGUACGCGUCGUGCACGGGCACGACCCUGGUCGUCCCGUCGGACGGCUCGGGCCUCGUGAACGGCCAGCAGUACUACGCGCGCGUGACCGCCGUCAACAGCGUCGGGUACUCGCUCCCGCAGGCGGCCGGCGCCCCGAGCAAGCCGAUGACGACGCCCGGGCCCCCCACGAGCGUCGUGCUCUCGACCGUCUCGGCGUCGCAGCUGCGGACGCAGUUCAGCUCCCCCACGUGGGACGGCGGCGACGAGAUCACGUCGUACAAGGUCGAGUACGCGACCUCGGCGAGCUUCCUCGGCGAGGUCAAGAGCGUCGCGGUCACCUACCUGGACGGCGGCUCGCCGUUCUACAAGACCGUCUCCGGCCUCGACAAGGGGCAGCGGUACUACGUGCGCGUGUCCGCCUGCAACGGCCAGGGCUGCGGCACGCCGCAGGGGUCGGCGCCGUCGUCGGCGGCGCCCUACGAGGAGUCCGGCGCGCCGUCCAACGUCGUGCUGGGCGUCACGAGCGACAGCAUGCUCACCCUGGGCUACGGCUACCCCGAGGACGACGGCGGCGACAGCAUCACGGCGUACCGCGUCGAGUGGGACACGAGCUCGAGCUUCAACAGCCUCAGCGCCUCGCCGCACAAGGGCACGGUCGACGUCGACGCAACCGUGGCGCUCUCGUACACCAUCGACGAGCUGAGCCCGUCCACGACGUACUACGUCAAGGUCUCGGCGAUCAACGCGGCCGGCUACGGGGCCGCGUCGGCGACGCUGUCGGCCGCGCCCUCGCUUGUCAUACCCGGGGCGCCGCGCUCGCUGAGCGCGGCCCCCGGCGGCGAGGGCGAGGUCGACGUCGCGUGGCUCUACCCGCGCGUCCCUCACCACGGCAUCCCAUGUGCAGCUUUCGCCGCCAACCCGUCGGAGUGCCCGGUGGCGCUCGGCGGGGCGCUGCCCGAGUCGACGGGCGGCGCAGCCUUGCUUGAAUACGAGAUUACCGCGUCCGAGUCGCCCCUGUUCGACGGCACCGACACGCACACCGUGACGACCUCGAGCACGAGCGUGACGGUGAGCGGCCUCACGCCGGACCGGCGCUACUACGUCCGCGUGGCCGCGCGCAACUCGGUCGGCACGUCCGCGUUCUGCGAGAACGAGGGCACGACGUGCACCGGCGCGCAGCUCUCGGCCGUCGCCCCGGCGGGGUAG